AGGCCACACGUUUCGCGCAAGCGUCGUCGCCUCCAAACGAACAGCUGACAUACACACGCGCUGCAUACACUUGUUAUUGUUGUCGUCGUAAUUGUCAUUGUCCGCUUUUUUCAUUGCCUUCGCUCGUUGCGGCCGCUGGUCGGACGCGUUUUCGGUGAUGCUGAUGCGCGAUUCAAACGAGGCGUCGAAGUGAUUCUUCUUUUUCAACGAGAGUAUUAGCUUUUUACAUUCCUACAGAAAAAUUUGCAUUCCUGAACUGAAGUUUGACCAUUGUGAUAUAUACGUUCGUCGUGUAGAAUAAGUGUGAUAACGUCAAUGUGUAGUUACGUUAAGAUAAGUCGUCAUCGUGAGCUCUAAGAGUGUGAGAAAUUUAUGUAACGUUGAUAAGAGCGCGAGAGCUAUAGCUGCCUCUCUCUCUCUCUCUCUCUUUUACUCGCCGCAGUUUUGAAAUGUUUUUCGUAGGAGGUAAGCCAGAGCGAGCACGAGCGAGCUUGGCAAUCACGUGCUCCAAGUCAUAACCUAGAUUAGGCAGCUUAGCUGCUGCUGUGUGCGGAAAAUCGAGCGAGUCCAAAUCAAUUUGAGCCCUCUUGCGCUGCACUUGUUUCCGUUAAUGCUGCCUCGCUAAACACUCCCUACUCGGAGUUAUACAAUCAAAGGCAGCGGCACAGAGAGGAAAACAAAAACUGAACGUCAAAUGCUCGGCUCGAUAACAAUUAUCAUGCGACUGAGUCAACAGUGGACGACGGCCAAGGGCUCGAGAUCCUUGAUUUGAUAUUGAAUACGGAGGUUUGCUGCUCUAGCAGCAUGUCACGAAACACCGGCACCCCCACCAGCAGUCCGCGACUGCCACGUGCUGGCCAACAGCUGCGCGAACGCGUCACUUUCUUCGAGCAAUUAUCCAGCCCUAAUGCCCAGCAUCGAUCGCCGAGCAAUGAGGAUAUAUACGAUGAAGCUGUUGUGGUCAGGAGGUCCUCGUCGAGGGCCAGCAAUUCCUCGUACGAGGAAAGUUUCGAAAGAUUGGUCGAGGAAGGCGAGUACAGCGGAGCUAAGGUGGUUAAGUUCGAAAAGAUCACCGUGAAGAAAAAUGUUAGGGAAGUCACGGCUUCCAGUUUGAGUACAAUCGUAAGCAGUACCAACGGAACAUCGAGACAGGUGAUUCAAGGUGCUGGUCUGACGGCGAGCAGUCGGACACCAAGCGAAGAUCAGGCACUCGAAGACUCCGCAUACCAAAGCCAUAGUCAUGGUUUACAUGGUAGCAAAUCCAGUUCUGUCGCGUCAUCCGUAAAAUUCCCCUCGGAGGAAAGUUUUGUGCUCAGACGGACUCCGACAUCGUGUUCAUCGAGUCCCAUGGAGGAUAAAUCAUCCGCGGAGUGGUACGCCGAGUACCGAAAUCAAAGCUUCGGCAAUAUGGGAAAUAAGCCUGAUUACGUUCGAAGCAAGAGUCAGUUCGACGCUCACAUCGCUGAGAUCAAAGAUGAACAAGAACGCGUACAGAAAAAAACUUUUGUUAACUGGAUCAACUCGUGCUUAUCGAAGCGCAUUCCGCCGCUUCGAGUGGAUGACCUGAUCGAGGAUUUGAAGGAUGGAACACUUCUACUUGCCUUAUUAGAAAUAUUGUCUGGCGAAAAAUUGCCGGUAGAAAAAGGCCGAAAUUUGAAGAGACCGCACUUUUUAAGUAAUGUGAAUACAGCACUUCAAUUUUUACAGAGUAAAAAAAUAAAAUUAGUGAAUAUAAACUCGUCCGACUUAGUUGAUGGGCGGCCGCCAGUGGUCCUAGGUUUAAUUUGGACUAUCAUUUUAUACUUCCAGCUACGAUCAAAGGAUCGCAAUAGGAUCGAAGAGAAUGCUCGGGCUCUCGAGUACCUUGGGCACUCUUGGGGAAGCCAAAGUAGUCUUGAAAGUAUUGGAACUCAGGGAUCAGGGGCGAGUGAGCGAAGGCGCCAAAGCAAUGAGAAGUGGAAGCAAGGGGCUCGAAAAACUUUACUUCAGUGGGUUACUAAUGCCUUACCAAAGGACUUGGGAAUAGAGGUGCGCGAUUUUGGCGAAAGUUGGCGAGACGGCAACGCAUUUUUAGGGGUCAUCGACGCAAUCAAGCAGGAUUUAGUGAAUAUACCAGCGAUGAAACAAGCAACGAACAAAGUUCGGUUGGAGACAGCUUUCGAUGUUGCCGAAACCGAACUCGGUAUCGCGAAACUUUUAGAUCCUGAGGAUGUGGAUGUACCACAACCCGAUGAAAAGUGCAUUAUGACUUACGUCGCUCAGUUCCUACACAAGUAUCCCGAUCCUAAAAAUGCUAAUACCGAUUCAUUUCCAUCAGUACAAGAAGAUUACAAUACGCUACUACACUGGCUUAACAAUAAGACGAGGCAACUUGACCAGAUGGAUAAACGUAACAUUUUCUCCAGGAAUUAUGCCGAUUACUUGGUUUUCCAACGGGAAAUAGAUGAGAAAUCGUUGAUUUAUUACAAACUUGAAAGUUUAAUUGAGACGCCUGGUAUAGUUAGUAUAACAAGAGAAUCAUGGAGACAUAUACAAAAUUUAUGGAAAGUUAUGGAAAUGCUGAUAACGAGGUGGCUGUCGUUAUUAGAUUCAUCUUUACCUGGUGAAUUCGGCGAAAUCGGUAGAUGGCUAGCACAUGCAGAAGUAAUGCUACACUCCGAUGACGAUAUUCCCGAAGAAAUGUCAGAAGAGACUGCUGGUAUAAUUUCUCGAAAACUGGAAGAGCACAAAAAGUUCUUCCUUGAUCUUCCGGAUAUUGUAGAAAAGUUCAAUUGUGCUAGAGCUUCACCGUUAUCGCGACAAGUGCUUAACGAACAAUUAGCAAAUAUAUCGUCCAGAUUGGAUAGUCUUCCAACGCGCGCAGCUAAGCGGCGAAUAAAAUUGAAAUUCCUAGAACAUAAGUGUUGUCUAAUUGCCUUUCUUUACUUGAUUGAGACAAGACUCAAAAGCUGGAGUAUUAAGUAUGGCAGUGAAGAAGACGUUCAACAAAUGCUUGAUCAAUAUAGAAAUUUCAUAUCUAGAAAUCGAAUCUUUCAAGAGUUUCAAAAAGCUUAUAUCGACAUGCAACAGGUUGUUGAGGAAUACAAAAGAGAGGGUGAUGUUGACCGAGAAGGAAGCAUAGAACUGGAUCGAUUUAUAAGAGGUACUGGAGAGAAGUGGAAAAGCAUUUCCAUGGACUUACGCUGCGUGCAAAGUAUGCUCGAAGAAGUUAUUGCUUAUUGGAGAAGAUGGUCGUCAUUAUCUGAGGAAUUUGAAGCCUGGUUGAACAAGGCAGAACCUUGUUUGAAUUUACCGGAAGAACAAAAAAUGGAAUUUUUUCAAGAUAUUUCCGUAUGGAAGGAUAAAUAUCAACAAAUAUCAGAUACCGUUAGCUUGUUAAUUGCAACAUCGGAAGAUAAUGUGGCUCUGCAAUUGAAAGAUCGUUAUACUAAUUUAAAGAGAAAAUGGGAACGUAUCUUCCAAGAAGCGAAACAAUAUAUGCACGCUGGUGAUCUUCUUCGAAAUUGGCAUGACUACCGCACCGGAGUUGCAAAUCUUCAAACAUGGCUAAAUAACGCUGAAGCUACGCUUUCAACUUCAGAUUUAACAUCUACAGAUAAGAUCAAAGCUUACGGAGAUCGUCUCAAAGUUUUACAUGAAGAGAUUGAAGGUAUCGAAGAAAUUUUCAAAGACGUUAGCCGAAAAUUCCAAACACUCAUUCAAGAUUUAUCUCGGGAUGAAGUCGACAAGAUGAUGAUGACUCUGAAAAAACAGAAAGAAGCUCUCGUAAGAGUUCGUGCGUUGAUACCCAUGCAAUUGCACCUAUAUCAUCAAAUUUUGGUCCAACAAGAAUCUUUGGAAGCUGGACAACGUGAAAUAUCAGUGUGGCUAGACGAUGCUGAGCGUCUUCUCGGCAGUUAUAAUUUAUCCGGCGGAAGAGACUCUGCUCUUAUGCAAUUGGAAAAACAUAAAACUUUUUUCUCAAGAACAUUGUACUAUAAAUCCAUGCUGGAAUCUAAAAAUAAAGUCUUUCAAAAUAUUGUUAAAUCCGUUGACAUACAGAAGAAAUCAACUGAAACUGAAGGUAAUGUUGUACUUCGAGAUCUAAACCAUCGAUUUGCUUGUGUUUUGCAAACAGCUCAAACAUGGGAACAACGAUUGCAAGAAGCUGUACGAUGUUGGACCAAAUUCAAAGAGUGUGAACGAUUACUUUCUGAGUGGCUUUCAGCAGGCGAAGCUCUCAUUAAUGAUCGUAAUAUAGACAACCGACAAUCAGUAGAAUAUCAUAAAAACUUUUUCGGAGCAGUUAAUGAAAAGUGGAUUCAAGAUCUCAUCAACGUAGCCCAAGAUCUAACAAAUAUUUUGCCUGUAAAUCAACAUGGACCAUUAUUAGAGACUGUUACAUCAUUGCAAAGGAGAUGGAAAGAGGUUUUAUCAUUUGCUCCGUUACAUUUAAUGAGGCUUGAAUUCAGAUUAGACGAGGUCACUUUUUCUCAAUACUUGAAAGAAAUCGAAAUGGAAAUCAAUGCCGAACAACAGGCUAUGGUGAAAAACGAAGAUGUUGCAAGUAUUUCAAAGAGGCACAAAGAUUUCUUCGUAAAUCGUGGAAUGGUUUCACAAGUUGAACGCUGUUUGCAAACGUUGAAAAAGAUUAGUUCUGCAUAUUUAAAUAUUAAACCAGAUGAUAUGAGUUUGAAUGAAGCUACUCAAAAUGCUGAAUGCCUUUGGGAACAAACGACUCACAGAAUAGAAGAACUCCGAGAACAGUUACGUCAAAUACCGCAACAAUGGGCAGCUUACAGGCAAAAGUUCGACGAAAUGGUAAGGUGGAUGGAUCACGUAAACAAUACAUUAAGAACGAUGUUACACGAAGUUAGUUCUCUUGAAGAGUUUGAACAAGAGAAAUCAGUCUUCCAGCUUCCAAAUUUAACGCAAACGUGUCAAGAAGCAGACAAUAAACGUGAAGAUAUGAAGUGGUUAGUACAAAUAUUAGACAAUUUAACAUCUAAUCGAACUGACCAAGAAGCAGCAGCAGAGCAGCGUAAAUUAGAGCAGCUCAUUACGCGCUACAAAAAUUUAAUACCAACUAUCGAAAUAACCAUGACUAAAACAGACAUUUAUUCAAGAAGCUAUACUUAUAGAAAAGAAGUAAGAGAUGUCUGUACGCUUCUUCAUAAAGUACGUGAACAAACCACUGAAGUGCCUAAAUUAGAAAGUAUAGAAAGCUUAAAAAAAGCGCUUGAGCAUCAAGAAAUCUGCUUAAAUCAACUUGAACAACAGCGAGCAAACAUAGUCAGUAUGUUACAGCGCGGUAAAGAUUUGCUGAAAGAUCAACAUGCACCAAAUUUUGUAUCUUCUGAAGUUCAGCAGUUAGAAAGUAGUUGGAACGAAACUUACGGUCAAAAUAUUGAAAUUUUGAAGACUUUGAAAGAUUCACAAAAACUGUGGUAUAAUUAUGACGAACAAAAAGAUGAAAUAUUAAGGUUGAUAGCACAAGCUGAAGACGAUCUUAGACGAUUAGAUGCAGCUUCAUACUACAAUGGUGCCCAAGUUGCCGCUGACUUACAACUUCAACAGGAUAUGAGCUCUUCUUUAAGAAAAAUGGCUACAAAUAUGGUUAAGAAACUACAUGAAACAUAUUCGAAUCUCGUAGUUGUUGCGUCACCUCAGAAACAACCAGAGCUCAUGAGAGAAGUAGAAGUUAUUGAAGAUAAAGUAGAGAAUACAUUAAAAAAAGUUGAUGAAAGAGUCGGAAAAUUACAAACUUUGCAAGCAAGAUGGAAUAAUUUCCAAUCUAAAAUUGGCGAAUUACAACACUGGACAACUCAAAGUGCACCUCAAUCAAUGGCUGAAAUUAAAGCUACUAUAACUUCUGUAGAAGAAAGAGUAUCUAAAACAGAAAUUCUGCAUAAGCAAAUUCACGAGAAAAUUACAAUAUUGAAGAUAAUAGAAGAGGAAUCAAAGAGUUUGAUCAAAGAAAACGAUGCACGACCGGAGGUUCAACAUUUAAGAACUAAUAUUAAAUCUCUACAUGACGCAAUAGAUUUACUUAAUGAAAACAUUGUUAAUCAACGUGAAACUGCAUUUCGAAAUCUGUCUACAUGGAAAGAGUAUGAAGUUGGAAUUCAAAAAUUCAAGCCGUGGAUGGAACAAGCUGAAAUGCAAGCCGCUUCGAUCGGUACAAAGCCAAGCACUUUGCAGCAAGCUAGUGCUAUGUUACAUUCUGCCCAAAUAUUCGAACAACAGUGUGCCGAACACCUUCCUCGACUUCAAAGUUUGAAUCAAAUUAGCCAACAACUUGGUGGUAGAUCCAGUGCACCUGACGAAGUAGAUACGGUUCAUAGUCGUUGGAAUUCCGUACACGAUAUAGCAGUCCAAACAAAAACAAAAUUAGAAAAACUUGUAUCUAUGUGGAAUAAAUUUGAAUCUGAUGCGAAAGAAUUCAAUACAUGGCUAGUGAAUUCUGAGAAUGCAGCCUUAGCAGAGCAAAACCUUCAAACCUCUGACAUAGUCAAACUAGAGCGCGAAUUAACUCACUUGAAAGAAUUCAAUAAAGAAAUAUCUACCAGACAGGCUCAAUUAAUUACUCUUACUCAAGUUUCAGAUCAAAUAACUCACGGAUUAUCGAUUGAAGGUAGUACAAUGCUAAAGAGCAGAAUUACUGAAUUGAAAGGUCGUGUUCAUAGAUUAGCCGACACAGUUAGACAUCAGAUCAAUAGUACUUCUGAUGCAAUACUGUCACGAAAUGAAUUCCAGAUGAAGGUUUCCGAUUUUGAAAACUGGAUGAGCAGCUUACGUCAGAAUAUAUUCCAAAUGAGUGAUGUACAUGUUGAGGAUAUCGACUCAAAUCUUCAAGCUACUCAUGUUUACCUACAAGAACAUUCAGAAAAACAACCUCAGUUCACUAGUAUAUAUGCAGAAAUAAAACAACUCGGUACCGAUGGUACGCCAGAAGAAUCUGCUAAGCUUGAUGAAAUGUAUUCUUCACUUGCUGCUAAAUAUAAAUCAUUGGAAGAUGAUUUACUUCAAAAGAAAAAAGCUUUAGAGAAAUGGACGGAACUCAUUAACUGGAACCAUGAAACAACUGCUGAAUUAGAUCAUUAUAAGUAUGAAGCAGAAGCUCGCAAGCCAACUAUUGACGAGUGUGAAAGAUUAUCCGAUGAAUUAAAGACUAUACAAGUGAAAAUUAACAAUUGGAAGGAACAGAUUCCAGUUAUUGAUAGUACCUUAGGUAUUGAAGUACGCGACGUUCAUGAAAAACCAAUUACAGCUUCUAGUUUGAUCAAUAAACUAGAAUCUGAAGUUGUGAGUUUGGAAAAUAAUUUGACAGCUAAACGGAACAAACUUGAAAACCUAAGUACAAAAUGGGCCAAUUUCCGGAAAUCGCAACAAAAAUUAACAGAAGAUAUUGUUGGAACUCAGACAGCUUUACAAGAAAUUACGUAUAAUGUAGAUACAUGUCAGAAACUCACGCCAGCUAUCGAGAAAAUUGCCAAUCUUAUCGUAGAGCAUGAAUUACGAGCUUCGGUAAAAGAAAUGUUGCACGAAGAAGGAGCAGAGUUACUAAAGGAUGAUCAAAGAUCUAUGACAAAUGUACAAGUUGUAUUAUCUUCCGUUGACUCUAACUACGAAAAAGUCAGUGAAUUAUUGUAUGAUCAGAAAAAGAAGUAUAACGAUAUGGAAACAGCAUGGAAGCAAUAUAUCGAAUCGGGAGGAAAACUUACUGCUUUUAUUAAUGAGAGUAUAAACUUAUGCGAUUCCGUGAAAGAAGCUCCGAACGAUAUAACUGAAGCUACAGUUGCUGUUGAGAAACACAAAAAAGCCUUCGAAACUUUGAAAAAAGGAAAAUCUUAUUUAGAAAAAAUGGACUCUAAAGCUCAACAGAUUGUUAAAGAGGCUUCUUUAAUGCCAAAUUUUAAUAAUAAUUUAAUAGAAUCAAAUGUGGCUGCUAUCCAUAAAAAGUACCAAGAUUGCUAUUCCAAUAUCAUUGAAAAAAUUCAAUUUUAUGAAACACAGGUUAUAAUUUGGAAACAGAUCGACGACGCAAAACAAGAAUUAAAUAGAUGGCUUAAUGAUACCAAUGAAUCUCUAACAUCAGCAUGUGAACAUCUUGCUGACAUUGAAAAUGGACAAGCAAUAUUGAACAAGUUCCAGGAAGAAUUACCGGUACAUCAAUUACUCAAACAAGGAAUAUCAACAAAAACAGAGCAACUUUUGAAAUUUAAUCAAGGCGUUGCUAUACCUACUUUAACAGCAUUGAAUCAAGUUUUAGACGAACAGUUUAAACUAGUUCAGGAGUCGGCAGAUAAAUUAGAAAGUAUAUCAUCUACUUUUGCUGAAAAAGAGCAAAAAAUACGACAUCAGUUGAAAGAAUCAAGUGACCUUAUAUCAAAAGUACGAGAAGAAAUUAUUAAAUGCGAUGAUCUUACGGGUGAAAAUUCCAACAUAGUCCAACGAAUCAAACGUUGUAAUGAUUUAAAAGUUGAACUCAAAAACUGUGAUUUGGUUCUUCAAAAUGUCAAUGGAAUGGUUGUUGAAUUAUCUUCAGAAUAUCCAUCGAUUACAAAAUCGAGUAUACCAAAGGAAUUACAUUCUUUGCAAGCUCGUCGUGAAACUGUUGCAAGUCAUGCAAAUAAAGUCAGUACAACUCUUCGUGGUUUUCUAUUGAAAUUAUAUAAUGAAAAAUUUACUGCGCUCCAGCGAUUAGUUGCUACAAACAGAGAAAAAAUAACUUGGUGUGAACCGGAACCAAGCAGUGAUAAAUAUAAUUUAGAAGUAAAAUUAGCUUCAUUGCUCGAUGUAGAAGCAGAUUUAAGUGAAUCCGAUGCCAAAAAAUAUGAAACUGAUAAAGCACUACAGCUCUUAGAAAAAAUUGAAAGCCUAGAAGUUUUAAAGCCUUUGCAAGAUGACCGUGAAAAAGUCCAUGUUGAAUUGGAAUCUCUCAAAAUAUGCUUCCAGAAUAUAAAACUGUUACUCGAGAAAAAUAUCGUAACAUGGGAACGAUAUGAAAUGAUGUCAGAAAAUGUUGUAGGUGCUUUGAAAAAACUCGAAAAUAGGGUGAGAACUGAAAGUUCAAUACUUUUAAGUUUGAAUGAAAUUGAGAAGAAGAUUGAAGAAGUUAAGGAAUUUCAAGGAAUAUUCAACGGUUGUAAUACAGAAAUGCGGCAGCUUAUAUCAUUCAGUCGGGAAAUUACCAAUGUGAGUCCAGAUUCACGAGUUGAGCAAUACGUAAAUCACUUGAAUGUCAGGUUCGAAACAGUUGAAAAAUUCAUUCAUCAAUAUUUAGACAAACUAGGAGAAUUAAAAAAGAAUAGAAAUCAAUAUCAAGAAAAUGUACAACAAUUAGACUCUCGGAUUAAUGGAGCAGAAGAAAAAUUAAAAAUUUACGAAGAAAUAAGCGGACCAAAACCUUUAACUUUCUAUCAAGCUAGACUCAAAGAAUUGAAAGUCUUCACCGAAGAACGUGAGAAAGGUCAAUCUCUUUUUAACCUGACUGUCGAAGUUGGAGAAGCACUUUAUUCAAAAAUCAAUCCAGAUGAACGAGAAAAAAUUAGAUCAGAGCUUCGAAAUCUUCGAACUCGAUUGGAUAAUUUAACGGACCGAGCCAACGCUAUUUAUAAAAAAGUAGAGAACGACAUGAUGCAUAGAUCAUCUUUUGAAGAUAAAUAUACUCAGGUUCAACAAUGGGUAAUCCAUGCUCAAGCAAAAUUGGGUAAUAAGCAAGACUUGCUACCAACUUUGCAAGAGAAAAAAUUGGCUCUUCACUUAUACAAAACCAUUAUCCAGGAUGUAAAAGCUCAUAAAAGUAUUUUAGAACAACUGGAUGAAAAGUUGGGAUCAGAUUCUGAUGAUGAAUCAAGCGGUAUGCUAGUUUCCGUAAUCGAAUCUUACGACAAGCUUUCAGAAGAAGUGAAUGAUAGAAUAAACGUUACUGGAAAAUAUGUUGCGAAUCAUGAAACUUAUCAACAAACUUUCGAAAAGACAAGAGAUUGGAUUAAUACAAUCGUCAAUGAAACUUCUAUCUUAAUAGAUGAUCUUGCUAUUGAACGCGAGACUGCCAAGUCGAGUAUAAAUCUAGUUGAAAAUGUUUUGCAACAAAAAGAAGAAGGUGAUAGAAUAAUAGAUGACUGUAAUCAACAAUUAAAUGUUGUUUUGGAACAAACUUCCAUUCCUGGUCAUCAAGCUCUGAUGAAAGCUUUUGAAGAACAGAAGAAAAUAUGGCAGGACUUCUUAGCACGAUGUGCAGUCGUAAGAGAAAAACUCAAUCGAUUAUUUGAUGAGUGGUCUGAAUUUCAGAAGGUCGUCGAAGAAAUUGAAACCUGGAUGAAACAAGUAGAAAGCCAAUUGAAAGAUCAGAGUUUAAAAAGUACUGAAGAAGCUAAAAUUAUGCAUUUUCAAAAAAUUAAAGCACUUGAAGAAGAAAUUGUAGCUAAAGCUCCAGAUAUACAAGCGGUAGUCGAGAAGAGUCAAAAAAUUGAAGUAGAGCCUGAACUAGUAUCAAGAGUAUCAAAACAAGCCACGAAAUAUCAAGCUCUUCGAAGUCAAGCUCGAGAUUUGGUAUCUCGAUAUGAACAGUAUGUUAAGGAACACAGUAGUUUCAAUCAACGCUUCAAUGAUUUUGUUAACUGGAUUGGUGAUUUACAAAGUCAACUCAAAAUACAUAGUGAAAUUGUUGGUGAUUUCAGUGUCUUGCAACAGCGACAAAAGAUAAUACGAGAUCUAGGAGACACACGCACUAAAGAAAAUUCCAAAUUCGAAUUGCUUAUCGAUCUUGGCGAAAGACUUUACUCUCAUACAUCACCGGAGGGCCGGGAAAUCGUACGUCAACAGUUGAAAAAUUUGAAAACUCUUUGGGAUACAUUCUCAGACGAUUUGCAAGCUACUACACAAAAGUUAGAUCAAUGCUUAAUGCAGUUUGGCGAAUUUUCCUUAUCUCAAGAGCAAUUAACAACGUGGUUGAGAGAUGUAGAGAAAGCUAUGCAUCAGCAUACUGAAUUAAAAUCUACUCUUGAAGAAAAGCGAGCGCAAUUACAAAAUCACAAAAUUAUGCAUCAAGAAAUUAUGUCUCAUCAAAAUCUCGUUGAAGGUGUGUGCGAGAAAGCACAACAAUUGGUUGAUCAAACUCAAGAUACUUCUUUGAAUAUUUAUCUUCAGUCGAUUAAACAAUUAUUCCAUAAUAUAGUUUCAAAAUCGCGCGAUUUAUUAGAUAACUUGGAGGAUUGCGCAGAUAAGCAUAAUAAAUUUAACAAUCAAUGCAGAACUUUCUCGGAUUGGCUUCAAGGAGAAAAAGAAAAAUUACUUGAAUGUACUGACGUCAGUGGAGAACGAACUGAUAUAACUCGUAGAUUAGCCACUUUUACAAUACUUCAAGACGGUCGAAAUCAAGGAAUGGAUCUUAUUAAGAAAUUGAAGGAUUGCGCUGCUGUUGUUACAAAAAGCACAGCACCAAAAGGUCAAGAAAUAAUACACAAUGACAUUGCAACUCUUGAGGCUAAAUUGAUACAACAUCUGAAUGACCUUGAAUCUAUCGAACAAAGACAACAAGGAGCGUUGAAGAAAUGGGACGAGUUUGAAGAACCAUUGGAGAUGUUUAUGAAAUGGUUCCGUUCAAUGGAGGCUGCAUUCCGAGAUCAACAAUUGCAACCAAAUUUGAAAGAGAAACAAGCUCGAUUAGCAAGUUUUAAAGAAAAGCGAGAAGCAAUCUUGACAAAAGAAAGUGAAAUAGAUCAUUUCAUAGAUAAAUCGCAUGCCCUUCUUAAUUCUAGUAGUGUCGAUCGAUUAAAACCAUUAGUAUCUCAAAUCAGUAACAGAUAUACCGUUCUUCUCACUUUGAGCAAAGAUGUAAUCAAUCGCUGUGAAGAAAUUGUUGAAGACCACAAAGCUUACGAAGAUAAGUUAACGAGUAUCGAUAGCUGGUUAACUCCUUUAGAACAACAUUUAGUUGUUCUCAAAAGCAAUGAUGCAAGUAGUACAGAAGCAAAGAAUUCGAGACUACAACUACUUUUAGGAGAACGUCAACAAGCAGAGCAUCGUCUUGGAGCGCUCACUGCUGCUGCUGAUCGAAUUUUGCCAGAAACUUCGGCUCAUGGUCGUGAGAUUAUUAGACAACAGAUUCGAAAGGCUCGAGAAAGAUGGGAUAAUCUUGCUGAAAGCAUUGUCGAACAACAGAAGAAACAAGGCUUGCAAUCAUUACAAUGGUCGAGUUACCAAGAAACAUUGCAACAAAUUUUGACAUGGUUGGAUAAUAUGGAACGUACAAUUAAACAAGAGGCUUCAACUAUCCCAGCUUCACUUCAAGAAACUCGAUCAAAAUUACUGAAGUGCAAGACUGUGCAUCAAGAGAUUGUGGCACAUAAACGAAUCAUUGAAGCAGUUUCUGAGAAAGCUAAUGCUUUGGUACAAGUUUCACAAGCUCCUUCAGAUAUUCAAGAUAAGGUGGAGUCGGUUAGUCAAAGGUAUGAACAACUAGUAUGUAGAUCUCAAAAAGGAUUGGCAAACUUGGAAACGUUACAUGAUGCAUUCCAACAAUUUAAUGAGUUACAAAAAGCAUACAAAGAAUAUCAAAAAAUCCAAUGGGACAAAUUGAACCACUAUAACGACUGUUCUGGUAAUAAAACGGCUCUGCAAGGUCGUUUAGCAAAACUAGUGGAAAUUCAAGAUAGCGUGAGCGAAGCAGAUGUUAAACUGGGUGUCCUAGAAGAACAUGUUACGAAAAAUGCUAAGAUUGUUUCGCCUCGUUCAAGAGAAACUAUGGAUAGAGAUUUAAAUAAUUUAAGAUUUGAAAGUAAAAAAUUCGCUAAUGCAGUUGGUGAAGCUGUUCGAAAUCUUGAAGAAAGAAUACAGCAAUGGAGUGAUUAUGAAAAUUCAUUAGAGAGGUUACUUGCAUGGUUAUCGGAUGCAGAAACAUCUUUGAAAAACUAUACGCUUAAAAAUACGGCAGAGGAAAAGCAAGAGCAACUGGAAAAAUAUCAGGAUCUACAAAAAAUUACUGAAUCACGCAAUGCAGAUGUCUUGGAAUUGGUAGCUCUCGGUAACUACCUUGAGCAAGCACUGCUCGUGAAUCUUCGACAAAAUGAAGCUGAAUUUGAUAAGAUGAAUGAUGAUUCUUCCGAUUUAAUACAAAUCAGUGGAGAAUCAAGAUUCUCUGUCAGCGUACAACAAGUGACUUCUCGAUUCCAAUCUAUACAAGCGACAGCCAAGGAGUUAGUGAAAAAAUGUGACCAAGCAUGGGCAGAUCACCUAAUGUAUCUUGACAAAUAUAAGCAGUGCUCGGAGCGUUUAGCUGCUGUUCGUCAAUUAUAUCAAGCAUCGCGUGAAAAUAUUUCUGGCACUCGUCAAGAGCUUUCAUCGCAUAUCGAAACUAUUCGCGAUCUUAUGUCCAAACAACCUUCUAUGAUGCUUUUAGUUAACAGUACAGUGGAAGCUGGAGAAAAACUUUAUCCAAGUACUAGCAAUGAGGGUCGCGAGAUCAUUCGUCAUCAAAUAUUAGAUUUACAACAAGCUCUUGAAAAUCUUUACGAUGGAAUCACACUGACCGAGCGUGAAAUUCAGGCAAAAAUAUCACACUGGUCUGGUUUCGAUGAAUGCAGCGAAGCUUUUGAUGCUUGGCUGAAAAUAGCUGAAGCUCAUCUCAAGCAAGAUAUUGAAUUGAAGACUACCUUGGAUGAGAAACGAGCUCAAUUACAGAUAUAUAGAACAUUCUUACAUGAUGCACAAGCUCAUCAACAAGAUCUAUUUGAUUUACGAGACAAAGCUGAUAGUCUUCCAGAUCGCACGGAAAAGAUUGAAAAGGUGUUAAAUAAUUUAAGUAAUAGACAUGCAGCUAUUCUCAAACGCGCUACUGGAUUUGUCGAAAGGUAUGAAGCUAUUGUUAGUGAUCACCAACAGUAUAGCAAAGCCGUCCUCGAUACUCAUGAAUGGCUUGAUGCAACGUUAAAUGCUGUGCAUAUGUGGGGUGACGUCGAGCUUGAAAGAGUGUCAUUACACACCAACCUCGAUCGUCUUCGUAACCUUCUGCUCAGCUUAUCUGAAGAAGAAUCCAGAAUUAAUCAAAUUCGCAGUCUUGGGGAAAGGGUGAUUCCUGGAACUUUGGAGUCCGGACAAGUUAACAUUCGUUCCCAAAUUGACACAUCGCAGCAAGAAUGGGAAGGCCUAGUCUCAGCGAUCAAAUCAACGAUUGAUGCCUUGGACAACAAGUUGCAGCAGUGGAACGAAUAUGAAAUUUGCAGAGAGCGUUGCCUAGCAUGGAUUCGAGAUACAGAUACAAAACUUCACGCCAUUGACUUAAAAUCUACAAUAGACGAAAAAAGAGCUCAGUUGGAUAAACUUCGCAAUCUUCAAGGUGAAAUCAGAGCCAAAGAGUUAGAAAUUGAUGCAGUCACGGAACGUGCUCAUCAAUUGCAUAAGCAUACCUCUCGAAGCUCACAAUUAUCAGAGCUAGGUAUCAAGUAUCAGCAAAUUUCAACAAAAGUUAAAGAACUCAACAAUCGUUGGCAACAAUACGUUACGAGUCACCAAGACUUUGAUAAUCAAUUGUCGGAAUGUACGCGUUGGCUUGAUGACAUUCGAAAUAAGCUUGCUUAUUGUACGGAUUUGAGCGCUUCAUCUCAGAAAGAGCUUGAAAAGAAAAUGGAUACUAUACAGGACUUACUACUUCACAAAGAAACAGGGUUCGCAAAGAUUCAAGGUAUAGUGGAGUUAGCACAAGGAAUUCUAGCUAAUACAGCACCAGUAGGUCAUAAGGCGAUUAAUGAUGCAGUAGCUAAGUUGCUAGAACAAUGGAGCUCACUUGCUUCUAAGAUGCUCGAAACUAAAACCAAUCUGGAUGAUUCAAUCAAUAAGUGGUCUGGACUACUUGAACAAGUACAAAUGCUAGAGAAAACUAUUGCUUACAUGCAGAAUUCCAUUGAUGAAGUUGCGCCUUUCCAAACGACGAUGAAUGAAAAAAGAUCACAAUUGGAACGUAUUAAAGUUUUUGAAGAAAAAAUACGAUGCGAGAAUAUUGAAGUUGAAGGUUUAAAAGCUAAAGUCAACGAAAUGAUCGGUAGUGGCCAGCAAAGUAUUGCUGCUUCACAAGCACAAGAAAUUUUGCACAAAUUUGAUGCUCUCUUCGAAAGGAUUAAAUCGUUGUUAUCAGAACGAGAAGAACAAUUCAAGUAUCAUCGACUAUAUAAAGAAGCUCACGAUGAUUUAAUUAAUUGGCUUAAUCGUGCACGUGAAAAAAUACCAGUAAUUAAGCAGAGAUCUUUAAGUGAUAAACUUGCUAUUGAAAAUGCCGUAGCCCCACUAGAAACUUUGAUGAACAAAAAAGCUCAAGGUGAAUUGAUGGUCGAAAAUUUACAACACACUGGUGAAGUAGUAUGUGCUAGCACAAGUCCGAAAGGUCAAGAAGUUGUUCGUAAUGAAAUUCGAGCUUUAACAGAAAGUUUUGAGAAUCUUUUCCGGGAUAUACAACAGCAAAAGAAUCAACUGGAGGCUACGGUCAACCAGUGGCGUGAUUUCAAAGAUGAGUAUGAAAAAAUUAGCGAUUGGUUACAGCAGUUUGAUAUACUUAUUAAAGCGCAAAAGAAUUCCCUUUUGCCGAAUUUGAAAGAAAAAGAAAAGCAAAUUAAUGAAGUUAAAGAGAUUUUGAACAACUUGAAUAAGAAACACGACCAGAUUGAUGAAAUUAACAAAUCAGCUGCUCCACUUCUGGCAACUCCAUUAGAUACUUACGUGCAUAACCAGUUAAGACAUUUGAAUUCUCGCUAUCAAGUACAAGUAAAUUUAGCAAAGGAUGUGCUUCAAAAAGUAGAAACAAAUUAUGCUCAACAUCAAGCAUACGAGGCAAAUUUGGCUAAAGCACGUGAUUGGAUUGAAAAUGCAAAACAAAUUAUUCGUCAAGGUUCAGAAGCAGGUUCAACUACAAGUCGCGACGUACUCCAGCAGAGAUUAGACAAAAUACAAGAACUUCUUCGAAAACGCGAAGAAGGUCAAAAUUUGGUACACUUGACCGUCAAUUGUGGAGAGAAAGUUAUACGUAAUACAAGAUCUGAUGGACGUGAAGAGAUUGCUACGCAGUUGAAAGAAAUUCAGAAUGAUUGGGAAAGAUUAGUGAAGAAAUUGUCUACAACGAAAGUACAUUUGGAAACAAGCUUACUGCAAUGGGCAGACUAUAGUUCAUCUUACUCUCAGUUACAACAAUGGAUUAAUGAAAGAGAGGCAAAACUUCAACAAGUUUGCGAACAAAAAGUUACGAAAGCACGUAAAGGAGUAGCGGGUAUCAGUUCAUUGGCAAUCGGCGAACGUAAAGCAAAUUUGCGACAAACCAGCAGUAUCGUUCAAGAUAUUGUAGCGUUUGAGCCCAUGAUUCAGUCAGUAACUACUAAAGCCGAAGAUCUUCAACAAGCUACUCCUGCCACUGAAAUUUCCAUCAAAUAUGAGACUUUGAGUAAACAAGCCAAAGAACUUUAUGAAAAACAGAAGGAAACAGUCGAACAACAUCAAGCAUUUAUAGACAUUGGAAACGAAUUCAUUCAGUGGCUAAGAGUAGCUAAAGAAAGAUUAGGAAAAUGCUCUGAACCAACUGGAGACAAAGAGUCAUUAGCAACCAAAAUAGCACAAUUGAAGGUUCUACAAAAUGAACUUCCAGAAGGACAAAAGAAAUUAGAAAAAGCACUUGAACAAGGAAAUCUUGCUUGCCAAAUAGCGGAUGAUGAAGACAAAGAAAUAAUUGAAGAAGAGGUUGCUCUCCUCCAAGAAGAAUACGAUAAUUAUGUGGAUUUAUUGAAUAAUACGAAGAGUAUUCUUGAAAUAGGAAUAGUAAAGUGGACUGAAUACGAAGAUCAGUUUUCUGAAGCUUCUGAAUGGCUGAAUCAAACAGAACAAUUAGUAAAGGGAUAUAAUAAAUUGCAAGACAGCUUGGAGGAAAAGAAGAAUGUAUUAGAACAAUUCCAAGGUCAUCUUCAAACUCUAUUCGAUUGGCAAAAAGAACUUGAUAGACUGAAUAUGAAAGCCCAAGUGCUUUUAGAAACUUGUGCUGAUACUCGCAUUUCAAAUGCUGUUACGCAAUUGACAACAAAGUAUAAUGCAUUGCUUUCUCUGGCUAAAGAAGUUAUGCGACGGUUAGAAUUACACUACCAGGAACACCAACAACAUAAUACUUUGUAUCAAGAAUGUCAAGAUUGGGUUGAUCGAACUCGCGAAAAACUGAACGAAUGUAAGGAAGUGCCAAGUUCUUUAGCCGAGGUCAAUAAUAAACUGCAAACUUGCAAACUCAUUCGUCAGACUUUGGAACAAGGACAAAAUAAACUGCGUUACGUUCUUGAAUUGAAGGAAAAAGUUAUCAUGAAUACUGAACAGAAUGGCGCCGUUAAGAUAAAAGAGGAUACAGAAAACUUAAAAGCAGAUUUUGAUAAACUGCUGACCGAUGUGGACGAAGCAAGACAGAAGCUUGCUAGUAGAGCUGCCGUUUUGGAAGAACUUAACAAAAUUCAUAGAUUUAUUGCCGACUGGCUCGAAGAAAUAGAAAGUAAUGUACAUUUUGAUGAAGUUUACCGUAAUGAUUUAAGUGAAAAGAGGGCUUUGUUAGAAAAAUAUAAGACAGUAUACAGAGAUAUUCAGGGACAUAACGAGGUAGUUGAGAAACUAAAACAACGAUUAUCAGAUGAUUUAAACGUUGAUAAAGAAUCGUAUAACGCUACAUUUGCUAAAUUUAAUGAACUCAAAAAACUGGUCGCUCAAAAGAUUCACAACUUAGAUGAACAAGUCAAAGAACACGAAACAUAUCAAAAUGCAUUCAAUGAAGCAUCUGACUGGGUACGACGAGCUAAAAUUGAUUUACAGCAAUAUAGUAUUACUCAUGGAGAAAAAGAAAAAGUAACAGAGAGAGAAGGAAAAGUCAAGCAGUUGCUAUCAUCUUUACAAAAAGGUCAAUCUUUGAUUUCUAAAGUUAUUGAAACAAGUGAAAUAAUCCUUACGAAUACUGGACCAGAAGGACAAGAUUUAAUUAACCAUGAUGUUGAACAGCUACAAGCGGAUUGGCAAGAUUUACAAGCUCAAUGCCAUGAAGCUGAAAAAAUAUUGUCAGAUUGCAUCUUGACUUGGUCACAAUUUAUAUCGUUAAUGGAUAGCUUACAAAAGUGGAUUGAUCAAUUCCAAACUAAAAUUAACAAUGCGCAAGCUAAGGAAAACAAAACUCCCGAUGAUCUAAAUCAUUGUAAGAAUUUAGUUCAAGAAGCAAUACGUCAAAAGCCUAUUCUUGAAGAUUUAAAUGAUAAAUGUGAAAUUCUAAUGGACAUGAGUGCAUGUAACUGGGCUCGAGAAAAAACUGUUCAACUUCAAUCAACUUAUACGAGUCUUCUGACUGAUGCUCAGGGAUUAGUAUCGAAAGUAGAAAAGAACUUGUCUGAUCAUACAGAAUUCCUGAAAACAAAGAAAGAUCUUCAAGAUUGGCUGCAUACUGCUCAUGGUUCAAUUCAAGAUUGUGUUGGCGUUGGAGACGUAGCAUGGGCUAAAGACAAACUCAAAACAAUAAAGCUUGUUGCUACUAGAAUUACCGAAGGACAUCAUUUACUGUCCACUUUACAAGAUGCUUUUGCAAAAGCAAUCAACACAGCACUUCCAGAACAACAAGAACAACUUAGGACUGAUAUGUCAGAAUUGCGAUCCAGUUGGGAACAGCUCAGUAUGGAUUUGAAUACAGUACAAGCUCAAAUUAAAUCUAUUAUCAAUAGAUGGGAAGAUUUUUACGAAGCACGUGAUCGUUUCGAAGAAUGGCUUAACACAACAGAAAACAGUAUUGAAACCAUACCUGAUACUAAAGGAGAAUUAGGAGAAAUGAAAACUUUGUUAGAGAAAUUCAAGCAUGUCAAAGAUGAGGUUAAAAAUAAGAAAUCUGAUCUUGAUCAUUUGAUAAACGAAGCUGAUGAACUGUCAAACUGGGUCAAAAGCAAAACACCAUUAGAGCAAGUCAAGUGUUUGAAAUCUCGAUGGGAAUCUUUAGAUGAUCAAGUGGACAAACAGAAAAAUCUUGUUGAAAAUGAAAUAAAAGAUUACAACGCUUACCAUGCAGCUUUACAAGAAACUGAGAAGUGGUUACUGCAGGUUUCCUUCCAACUGAUGGCUCACAAUUCUCUGUAUAUAAUCAAUAAAGAACAAACACUUGAACAAAUAAAGCAACAUCAGGCAUUGCUUGAUCAAAUUCGAAGCUAUGAAUCUGUUCUCGAUGAUUUGAAAGUUAAAGGCCAAGGUCAAAUUGAUAGAUAUGAGGCAUCAAAUGCUACUGUUAAAUCAACAAUACUUACACAGCUGCAGAAUGUACGUGACAGCUAUAAUUCGCUGCUUAACACUGCGCUACAAAUUGAAAACCGUUUAAGUGAAUCUUUAGUAAAGUUCCAAGAGUAUGAAAAUACUCUAGAAAGUAUCUUGAAGAAUUUCGACAUUUACGAACCAGAGGUUGCGAGAGAACAAGAUGCACCUCUUGAUACUUUGGAAGCAGCUGAAGAUAGUUUAUCAUCUGCUAAGAUUCUGUAUAAUAAGUUGCAGACUGAAAAAGCUCGACUUAUUGUUGCCGUUGAAGCUUGCGAGGCUGCAGCAGCUUGCGUCUCAAGACCAGGAAGUCCAUUAGAUGCCCCGUCUGUUCAAAUACCUGCUAAAGAAAUGGAAGUCCGUACACGUCUGGACGAUCUUAUCGAUCAGCCAAGUGAAAACGAUUCGUCUACGCAGCGAUUGAAAGUUCUGCUUGACAAAGUUAAAGAAAAUGGUUGUUUAGACAAAUUGAGUGAUUUACGUAAAAAGAUGCAAUCCCACUUGUCUAACGUAACGAAAAGAGUCGGUGAAUUAGAAGAGCAAGCCCGUCAAAAGAAUGUCUUAGUAACUUGGAUAAAUCAACAACGCGCCUUGUGUGCAGAAUGGAAAUCUCGUCCCGCAAAACUUCGUACAGAAGCUGCACAAUCAGAAAUGCAAGCAAUGAAUGACUUAUUGACAAAUGUUGGCGAACGUCGAAGUCGUGCAGAAUUGGAAUUAUUAAUACGUCCUGAUGGGCAAGACGCUGAUAUCGAAGAAGGAUUGGAUAAACUCGAAGCUGAACUGAUCGAUGCUAUUGCUGGAAAACAAUCGGCUCAAGAUUUAAUACAAAAAUAUCGUAAUGAAGUGCAUGACAUUCAAUCUUGGUUUGAUGGACUGUCGAAGAAGAUAGACGUCAUCGAAAAAGGAAAUGGAUCGACUAUUAGUCAAAAAAUAUCAUCGUUGAAAGACAUUACAACUGAAUUUGAAACACAAAGUCCUGGAAGAUUGGCAGAAGUGAGGAAACUCGGCGAUCAAGUAAUGGAUUCAGUGAGUAACUUAGAUUCUCAACAAAUUGAGGAGCAAAUAAAAUCGGUGGAACGUCGACAUGGCGAUAUUGGUAAGAAACUGCAAAGAAAAGCACAAGUUCUCGACAUGACGGCUCAGGGUAUUGAGGCAACUAAAAGAGAAAUCGAAGAAAAUCGGGAAUGGAUGAGUGACAAAAAGCAGAUUGCUCGCUCGACGGAACCACUUGGCUAUGAGAGUCGUCAAGCCGAAGAAAGAUUGCUAGCAUUGAAAGGUAUACUCAAAGAGGCUGAAGCUAAGCAGAUGCUUAUAGAUUCGCUCGAAAAGCGUAUUGGCGACAUGCAAAAUGAAUUAGAAACAAGUGAACAACAACAAUUGGAAAGCGAAAGUCGAGCGUUGCGAUGUGAACAAGCUGAGCUUUGCUCUAUGUUGAGGGAAGAAAUAUCUGCUGCCACGGCUGCUGCUGAAACCAGACGCAAACUUGAAAAUGAUCUUGAAAAAGCCAGAUUGUGGAUAAAAUCGACUAGCAAUGAUUUGAAGAAACUUAGUGGUUAUCUACCACUUAAAGCCUCCGAAGUCGAAGGAGAUAUUGCUCAGCAUCAUAGUCUAGCUUCAGAGGUCAGACGUUUCAGCGAGGGAAGUUUGAAGGAGCUAUUGAAGCACGGCAAUGCUAUGUUAAGAGAGUGUAAUGACGAAGAUCGCAACAGGUUGCAAGCUUUGUUGGACAAGGUCAACGAUGAAUAUCUUGAGCUACAAAAAGAAGCUCACGAAAAGCAAGCUGCUCUUGCUGAUCUUUUACAAGGUAGGAAGUCAUUUGAAAGUGAGAUUGAUAAAUGUCAGCGUUGGAUUAAAGAAGCUGAAGUUGCUACAUCAGUUGAGCUUCGUCCUUCUAGCAUUGAUGUACUUCGAGAACAACUGUCUAAGUACGAUCGUUUGAAAAAAGAAGCUAAAGAUUACGCAGAUGAUAUUGAGAAGAUCGUUCAACAGGGUAAGUCGAUUUUACCGACAAUCAGCGAUGCCGACAAACUUGAGCUCAGCGAACAGUUAAAGAACAUGAAAGAGACUCAUGGCCGCGUAACUGGAAUAAUAAACGAACGAGCAUCAGCACUGCAAAAAAGUAUUGACGAAGCUGAAGAAGUGGCUGCACAUGUCGCUGAAGCCGUGCAGUUUAUGACUGACAUUCAACAAGAGUUGCAAGAUCUUAACAAACCUAUUGGCUCUCGAGUGGAGGAUGUUGAAGGAAUGCUUACUACGUACGAAAGAAUUCUAGAUGAUCUUAAAUCCAGCAAAGGAAAACUAUCGAACUUGCAAACGUCGAACGUUGGUGACUUGCAUGGUGUAGUGACACAACAGGAUGAUUUGAUUCGCGCACUCGAAGCGCAAAUAGCCAGAUUGCGUCAAUUACUACUACUUCGCCAGCAGUUUAUCGUCCUUAUUAACGAAAUCAUGACUUUUAUCACUAAAUAUACUGGUAUUGUGCGUGACAUCGAGCAAGGUGGCCAAACAACCGAAGAAAAGAUUAAAAAGUAUAAUGACGUCAUCCUUAAGAUACAAGAGUGCGAAGCUACGUUGGCAAGUGCAACCGACAAAGGACAACAGAUUGCGGCUGAUGGUUCAUCUGCCGAUAGAAAUAAUAUCACCGAGCAAUUGCAGUCUUUGAAACAACAACUACAGACACUGAGACGAGCUGUCGAGAAUCAACGUGAACAGCAUGAGCUUGCAGCUGCAGAACAUCGCCGAUUAGCUAACGAGCUUGCAGAUAUUCUCGAUUUCCUUGAGAGUAAAGAGAAGGAGGUAAAAACUCGACCGAUAUUAAAUAGAUACGCUGAAAGCGUCGAAAAUGAACUCAAAAAGCAUCAUGAACUUUGUAACUCGGUUAACGAAUAUCUCAAUAAAAUCAGAGAGUUGAAAGAGUCAGUUAAACAUGAAGAGGGUAUGCCGGGUUCUCUGAAAGAAAUGUUCAGCGAAGCAGUUUCACUGCUUUCUUCGUUGCCAAGAGAAAUGGAAGAGAGAGAAAAUUAUCUAGAAACUAAUAAACAAGUUAGAGUCGAUUAUGCAACGCUCACUGAAAAGUUCUACGACUGGGUAAAAGAGGCUGAAAUUCGUUUAGAAGGUGACAAGGAAGGACUUGACUUUGAAAAUAUUCUCAGUGAUUUGGAAGAGCACAAGAUAUACUUCAGCAGCGAAGCGUCGAUAAAGGAGCUCGUUUCCCAGCAAAUCCAGCAGGUUGCCGAUAAGAUCUGGCCGUCGUUGAGCGCAUCCGAGCAAGAGGAAUUGAGCGCCGAGCGUCAGCAGCACACGCAACUGCUGAAAAACACGCUAAACACCGCGAGAUCGCACCGUGCCCACCUCGAGCAGGGCGCCGAAAUGUGGCGCGAUUAUGCACAGACACUCGAGCGAGUCAGAGCGGCUAUUGCCAGAACUAGAUUCACCGACGAGCCGGUUACCACUCUUGCAGGCUUGCAGUUCAACAUUCAGAAGAUUACCCAUGCUCUUAACGAUAUUCAGAACCAACAAUUCGAACUCGAUUUGCUGAACGAACGUGGCAAAGAAGUACUCGAUCAAUCUGACGCUGUUAACAAAUCAAGAAUCGAGACUCAGCUCGAAGAAAUUAACAUUGAAUGGCGCGCAUUGGUUUCGGGCCUAGAAAGUCGGCGCGAUGCUCUAGAUGCUCUGUCCCGACACUGGGAGGAACUGGAAUCGAAAUAUUCGAGUACUGAGACAAAGCUUAAUGCAAUCGAGGAACGCAGCAAACUUGUUGAUACGGUGGUACGAUCAAAACAACACCUGCUGGAUACUAUCAAAGCUCUUGAUGAACUGACAUCCGAGGCGGAGAUACUUAAGUCGGAUGCAGAAGAGGUAAGAGAUUUGGCAGGACCUGUACUGUCGUAUCUGGCAGCACUAACAGAGCCCGCAGCAUGUGCUCUGAAGGAACGCAUCGAUAAACUGAGCCGAGCCGUCAACACACUCGUCAGCUUGCUCCACUCGAAAUCGGAAAGAUCGAACGAGGAGCUGCACGGCCUGCGCCUCGUCGAGGAGGAGAUAGAGGAGCAUCGCGUUCGACUCGAUUCGCUGUCAGAGCAGAUCCGCUCGUUACACGUGCACGCCGCUGAUCAGGGGACGAUCGAGCUCGAGCUCGGCGGAUUAGCGUCCAAACUCGACUCGGAGCACGAAGCCAUCAGGCGCUUUUCCGGUGACACUAAGGCGCGGUACCAAGCCAGCCAGCAGCUCGUGCCGAUCGACGCGGCCCAGCGACUCGCCGCCCUCGAGCUGCAGGCCGAAGACACUAGCCAGGCCAUGGAGGAAAAGCAGCGCGAACAGAAGCGCGCCAAAACACAGCGCACCGACUACCUCGCUGACGUCGACACUUUGCAAGCCUGGAUGCGCGAGGCUGAACUGAAGCUUCAGGACAGAUCAUGCGAGCCAGCCAAGAUGAUGGAGAACAUCAGGCAAAUACAAGGCGAAUUAGUUCCGAUGAGCGACAAACUAGAGCGACUCACAAAGAACGGCAAAAGUAUUAUAGACAAUACCAAAGACGACAAGGAGAAGGAGCUCAUCGGUGGAACCGUGACAAAUCUUACCGAGCAGCUCGCUCAGGUUAAGGUUUGGCUGGAGGAAAAGAAACAAUUAGUCGGUGAUACGCUGGAUGCCUGGCAGAGAUUCCUUACGCUGCUUGAGGCCGUCAAAGCCUGGACCACCGAAAAAAAACUUUUCCUCACAGAACCCCUUAAACUUAGUACACUUAAUCAAGCCAGGCAGAGGCUACACGAAUACGCGACUGCUGUAAAAAGCUGUAAGCAAGUAAACAAAAACCUAAGCGAUAUGGGUCGUGAAUUGGAGAAUAUCGGUCAAGUAACAAGCGUCGGUGAUUUGCCCCAAAGACUAACAGAAGCUGAAGAAACCAAAGUCGAAGUUGAAGGUCAACUUUUGGAACGGAAUGCGCUGCUGCAAGAAACGAGCGAAGAAUGGGAGCAGUGCGAGCGCAAGAUGAAGGACGUGAAGAGUUGGCUAGAAAAAUCUCGCCAAAGCUUGGAAUCACCACAGAACAAAAAGAAGCCACUUCGAGAUCAACAUGCGAUUCGCGAAAAGAUGCUCAGUGACGUGACAAUCCAGAAAACUAAAAUCCAAAUGAGUGUCGAAAAGUUGCAAGUACACUUUCGCUCUGGAAUUGGCGGUGACAAUCGUGUCGUUGAAUCCGCGGACGAGCUCAUUUCAGAACUCGAUGCUCACAAUGACAGCGUCAAAGAACAAACCGCUUCACUCGAAGUGUGUCUUGCUCAACUCGAUCAGUACCAGCAGGAAAUACAACAGCUUAGACAGCAAAUCGUACAAGUUGAACAGCAACUGAGGACCGUUCUGAGUCCGACGUACUUACCCAAUGACAGGGAAAAAGCAUUGAAAGAGCAACAGGCGUUGCGGAUGCAAUUGGAGGAAUGGCAGCAACGUGCACGGACUUUGGUAGAUCAGACUCAUGCAGUAGACCCUUACUACAUCCCUCCAAAUCCAGAAAAUGCAAACUUAUUGGUGGGUACUGCUUCCUAUGCUGACGUGACUGCGGGAAGAUCAAGAUCAAGUUCUCGCCAUACAAGUCCACAUAAAAAACUUAGAGAUGAUGCUUCUUCACCUGUGCAAAUUCUUCGACAAUCUCUUAUUAGAUCAGAAGUACCAUUAUCACAAUCGAAACCUUUAUCUAAAGACAGUGUAAAAAUUGAAGUCCAAGAACCAAUAAUAUGUCUAGAAAGCUUAAAUUUGAAAAAACGUCAAACGUUUAAAGAAAAUGUAGAGAAUAGAAGUAAUAUUGAAACAGAAAAGCCGAAAAACCAAGGGAAAUCAAGUUCGGGUUUACGUCGAGGUAGAUCACCAACAAAAAAAAUAUUAUCAAAAGAAUCUGUUCAAAGUGCUAAAUCAAAAAUUCAAGUAAAAGAAAAUGAUAACGCCGUAACUGCUUCUUUCGAAAAAAAUAUAGAUACUGUUACGCCCAUUCAGACGUUAUCUGUGCUUGAGCAAAAGCGUGGUAGAUCGCCUAGUCCCAUAUGGAUUCCUGGUUCGACUUCAUACGCUGAUAUUUUGAAAGGCCAGUCUUCAAGAGCAUCUUCUGAACCAGAUGAAAGGGUUGAUCAAAUGGUUCAUCUUAAAAUAAAAGAAUUACGUACAAUUGAGUCAAAAAUUUCCCCGGCACUAGACUGUCAAAAUCAAGACGAAAAUAGGAUGCCAACUUUAGUUUCUAACGAUAACAUACACGAAACAACCAAGGAAAGCCAAUCCUAUAAACAUGUAAGUUCUGCAACGACUGAUGAAAUCCUUUCUAGCUCUGAAAUUGAAAUAUCGAAUUGGGCCGAUCAACCAAUAGAAGAGUAUAGCAAUGUAAAUCAGAAUAUAGUGACCACGCCGCAAUCUGAAGUAUACAAUUACACACACCCUAUAUCUACAAUGACUGGGUUCAUUAAUGCUGAAAUAAAUCCUUACCCAGUUAAUUACAUAUAUAGUUCAACACAAGUUCCUGUCGAAAGUAUAGUUCCUGUCGAAAGUUUUAACACAAAUGAUCAAUAUACAGCAAAACAUUUUAUGGUACAGCAAGAAUAUACAGCAGCAAAUAUUUAUCAGCAGUCGCAAUCUGUACCUAAAGAAAGAAUUAAUAAUCCUUUUAUUCCGACGGAACCAAUCAAUUUACAAAUACAGAAUAUAUCUAGUACUCAGUCUGCAGAUUUAAUGGAACAUGAAACAUCACAAGAUCUUAUAUCCCAAAAAAUUUCUACAUGUUCAGUGGAAGCGUCGAAUGAUUGUCAGCCAGAAAACCUGAAUACGGAAAAAAAUACAAAUUUAAAUUUAAAAAAAGAUUCAAUAAAUCAACCCUCAUUCAAUGAAGCGAUUGAAACGAAAUUUGAACAAAUAGAAUCACGUGGAUCUUUUUUCUCGUAUGCACAAAUAUUAUCACAAGGCUUAUUACCACAAGUAAUUUUGCCAAUUUUUAAUAAUAAAUUAAAACCGCGCAAAGAACAUUCCCAAUCUCCUAACGCCGAGCCAAAAAUAUUUAUUAGGAGUGAUGAAUUAGAAAAGGGAAAAAAUGAACAUGAUGGUCAAGCUAGUAAUUAUGAUUCAAAAACAGAAUUAUGGGGUACAAUAAGAAAGAAAGAUCCUAAACGGAGACUUACAGCGGAAGAAAAUCUAACGAAAAACCGAGAAAAUAACAAAAAUGAAAAGAAACUCCCAGAUAAAAAUAAAUUCAUUUCAGUUAAACAAACCAAACCGAAUAUAGAACAAGCGGUUUCUGAGGAAACUAAAAAAGCGACCAAUAUGAAUAACGAACAUGAUGAAGCUGAAAAAAAUAUAUCUAUUAAUACUCAACAAAAGCCUCUUGACUCAACUUCCGGAAAUAACUCAGAAACUACAGAGAAAAGAAAAAAACAGAAAAAGAAAAAAAAUGAAUUACACGAAGAUGAAAUCGAUAAAGCUUUGAAAGAAAUUGAAGAUAUGGAUAAACAUAAACUCAAGAAUAUGAAAGAUAAACCUCAUAAGACUAUUAAUAAAUCACAAGUAGAAGUUGAAUCAAAAUUAAGUUUCGAAAGUAUUUCUGAUCUUGUCAAAAAACAUAAACCAAAAGAUGGAUCAGAUACAUUAUCCAGAAAACUAAAUAAAAAACGAGAUUUGAAUGUAGAUUACAAAACAGGUAUAUUCUCGCAAUCAAGCGAUAAAUCAACACUGAAUCCUCCAGAAGAUGCUAUAAAUUCUGAAAUAAUAAGUAAGGAAAAUUCAGAACAGAAAAUUAUAGAUCACAAUAAAACUAAAAACAAGGUAGACGAACGUGUAAAACCAGAUCAAAUUCAUGAUCACCAAUUGGGCAUUGAACAAAAAAUUAAAGAUAAAGAUGUAUCUCAAAACGAACUUACGAAGCUAGAGCAAGAUUUAAAAUUUACAUCUAAAGAGAAAUCCAAGACGAAGCAAAAAGGAGGUUUUAAUAAUAAAUCUCAUGAACUAAUAAAUAAACUUGACAUAAAAAGCGAUUCAAUGUUGAAUAACGAAGCCAUAUCUUAUUAUGAUUCAAAAAUUGAACAGCAGGAUAAGCAGUCUGAAGUCAUAAUUAAAGAUCAAACCAUUCCUAAUGCCAAAGUAAAAGAUCAACAGAUAUCAGAACUAAAUUCAACAGAUAAGAAUACAAUGAAAUCUCAAGAUUCGUUAAUCAAGCCAAAAAUAAUUGAAUCAAAAUCAGGAACUAAAAAUAAAGCAAAAAACAAACGAAAAGGUAAUCCUGAAGAUAAAUUUAAUUUAUCAACAAGUAACUCUGACAUAGAAAUGGAUAGAGGACUAGGUUAUGAUGAAACUUUUAAAUCCAAACCAAGAAAUGAUAUGCAUAAUAAACCAAUGGAAACUACGACUAAACCUAUAUCUUCACAUUUGGAAAUUGAAAUAAAAAGCAAAAAUGUCGCAAAAUCUCAUAUUACACAAGAUGAGGCCAAGGAUAAAACUGUAUCAAACACCAAAACUGAAGAUGAAGUCGAGCUCAACCAACAAUAUGAUCCUCUUGAUGGAUCUUAUAAAUCAACCAGUACAUCUAGUUCAGAAUGUGUCACAAAUUUAACUUAUGAAGUUGAACGUAAAUUAAAAACAACAAUACAAAAUCCAAUUAAAUCUUCUAAAACCAUAACCAAAUCUAAAUUAAUUGAUGGCGAAAAGGUACCAUGGAUGUCAGAAAACAAGAAUACAAUCAGCUCUAAGCAUAUGUUGAAUAAACUUGAAAAAGUUGAGGUGAAAUCAAGUACUGAAAGGAAAAAUAAAAUUGAACAGGAAGAUGAAAUUAAGGAACUAUCUGAUAUGUUUGACAUAGAAUCUUCGUCCGAACAUCACUUAAAGUGUGAAGCGAAAUCAAAAAUUGAGCAACAGAAUAAAAAUUUGAAUAAGUCCACUGAACUUGAAAUAACUGAGAGUCCCAAACAGAAAAACAUAGAACUGAAAGAGGAAACUAAGAGCACAAUCACUUUUCAAGAUUCACUGAAUAAAUUUGAAGAUAUUCAACUGAAACCAAACACUGAAGAAAAAUCUAAAUCCAAACGAAAAAAAAGCCGGCAGAAUAAAUCUUAUUUAUCGAAAAAUGAAGUUGAUAAUAAAACAAAAUCGGAAUCAGAAUUAAAAAGCGAACAGUCUAAUAAAAAUUAUGAAAUUACAGAAAAAUCUGAAGUAGUUGUUAAUCUCAAAUUAGAUGAUCAGAAAAAAUCAGAAUCAAAAACAAAAAGUGAAUGUCAGGAUACACUCCAAGGUAGAUUGGACAGUAUCAAGGAAACGUUACCAUUGGAAUCAGAUACUGAAAAAAUAUCCGAGAUCAAACAACGAAAAAACCCCCAAGAUUUACCUUAUGAGUUAGUAAGUGAUGAUUUUUCAAGAGUUGAUGCAAAGUUGAAAAAUCAUACAACUUUCGAACGAAAAUCAAAAGUUGAAUCACCAAAAUCUAAUUAUGAAACUAUAACUAAACCUGAAAUAAUUUGUAAUUUUCAAUCUAAUAUAAGUACAGUGACUGAUAGUACACAAUCAACCCAAGAACUAAUAUCUGAAUCGGAAGAAAAAAUGCAAAAAAUAGAUCAGGUCUGUGUACCAAAAAUGAUUUCUAUAAACAAAAAUUUGCCACAUGGUACUCCAAAAAAAAUAUUAAAGAAUACAAAAAAAGCAACAGAAAAAAUUAACAAGGACAAGAAAUUAUUAGAAUUUCCAAAUGUCAUACAAAUCGAUAAUGAAAAGGACAAUUUAGAUCAAAAUACAAAAGAAAUUAAAGAACUAUCGAAAGAAAUAGAAAGCGCUGAACAAGCGCAAUUACAAAAAUUGCAUACUGGAUCGGCAUCAAUUAAAGUAAAUAAAAGACAGCCGGCAGAUAAAAUAUCUACACAAUCGAAUCAAGUAGUUACUUCCUUUUAUAAUAAACUUCAAGAAGAAUUAAUUUUUGACCAAACUGAACUAGAAAAGCCUGAAAAGUCAUUGACUUAUAAAAUAUCAGAUGAUUCAAUAAUUUCUGAAAAUAUAGUAUUGGAUGAAUUAGAACAAGGAGAGAAUAAAAAAUUAGAAAUAUCAGAGUUAAUAACUAAAGAGAUUUUUGAUGAAAAAAAAACCAUAGAUAUUGUAAAAAAUAAAAAAGAAAUCGUUUUAAAUGUUGACAAAGCUCUUAAUCUGCAACCAGCUUGUACUGAAGAAAAAGUGGUUCCAUCUAUUGCUCCUGACGAAUUCGAGAAAAAUAUAGAAAGUGCAACAACUGUUACUUUCGAGAAACCAGCUAUAUCAUUAGAAACUUUCCUGGAAAAUGAAGAAGUACCUUUAUUCGGGAGUGUGCAAAAUAGAAAAAAAAUAGGAAAAUCCGAUGUUGACGCGAGUAUUUUCGAAAGUUCUUGUUUCGAUCAGCAAAAUCCAAUAAUUCAAUGUUCUCAUAUCGAAAGUCAAUCCGAUCAAGAUGAAUCUUGUCAAAUAAAGUUAAAUACACCAGUGACUGUUGAGAAAAUCGCAGUAAAAAAUGAAAUUACUGAAUUCGAUAACAACAAACAACUAUCAUCAACAUUUUUAAGUAAACCAUAUCUUUGUGAAACAAUUAAAGCAUAUCAAAUUGAUUACCAUUCUCAUGCCCAAGCAGAAACAGACUUGCAUUGUUUAUAUAACAUUGAAAAAACUUUCCAAGAACAACAAACAUCAAGUAUCCAUGGCAAUAUAGAGAGAGAUACAAGUAUAGAAAGAAUCGUGCAACAAUCAAAAAUGAAAAUUCCAUCGAUUAGUGAAAAACCUAAUCAUAAAAAUGCAAUAAAAUAUGACUCAAAAAGUGACCAAAUACCCACGAAUAAAUUAAACGAAGAAAUGGAUGAAAAUAUGAAACCUGGGAUUAGAGUAUGUCAAUCUAAUUCGAUUGAGUCUACCAUACCGGUGACAGAUUCAGUUUCUCAAUCUGAUACAAAGGAAAUUCAACAAAUACAUUUAAAAACAGAUGACUCGUGGAUGGAUUUCCUAAAUGAACUUUUCUCAAUAGAUGAGGAUGUAGAAGAAACAUUUCCAGCGCCGAGCGACAUCAAUAAAGGGGAAACCAUCACUCCAACAAAUAAUGAUAAAAUUACAAAAACCGCACCAAUUACGGACGAGACAUCGAUAACACAGAAUAAUGAUAAACAGUCUUGUCAAAAGAUCGAUGACAAAGCUUCAACUGAUGAAACAAAAAGUGAUGAUACUUUACAAAAUAAAAAAAUCUUAUCUAAAAUAUAUAAUGUUAAAGACAUAGAACUUAACGAAAAAGAUACCACAAAUGUUGAUAUCCAAGACCUAGAACAAAAUAUACCGAUGAAUACAAACACUGAAUGCAAUAAAUUAAUAGAUAUUUCUCAUUUAUGUCAAAAAUAUAAAGAAGAGAUGAUUAGUAAAUGUAUGUCUAAAAAGCAAACAGACAGCGAUUCAGAUUCAUCCGAUACGCCAACCAAAGGACAAACACCUGUAUUGUCAGAUGAUGAAGAUUAUUUGCCUAAUGAAGACGAAUUUAAGGACGUUAAAUUUCUUAAAGGAAAAGAAAAACUUACUCCAGAGUUCAUUGCAGAAUUCAUUGAAAAUCAUCCUUGGAAUGUUGAUCUUACUCCUGAAGAACAAGAAGAGUAUGACUUUAUAAUGCAAAAUGAGACCUUACUUUUAAAUAUACCUCAUUUUGAAAAACGACAAUGGCUUUUAGAUUCUGAGAAAGCAGAAGAGAAACGGUUAAGACGAUAUUACGAUCGGUACAAGCAAUUAAUAAAAGAAGAAUUUGAACAAGAAAAAAUUGAGGACGCUGAAUUCGUUAAGAUGCUAACAGAAUUUGAAAAACAACAAGAGGAAAAAAGACGGAAUGAAAACCCACAUACAAGUGGUAAUUCCAGUUCAAAUUCAGGUGAAAUGACAAUGCAAUUGAAUCAACAAGAGAACUCUGGAAUGUCAAGUGUGAAAAGUGAAGACUUGGACGAAAAAGUGGAAAUUAAAAAGAAGUGUAAAAAAUUGUUAACAAAUGAAGAAGAAAGCUUGAGCAAGUCACAAGAUGACAUCAGUGGUGAACAUUUUUUGCAAACUUCUUCUAUUUUAAUUAAGGAAAAUGUUCCAAAAGCAAAAUCAGGUGGAAAUAUUCAAAAGCCAGAAAAUAUAAAAUCUGCAGAUAUAAUCAAACCUACAAUUAGAAAUUCAAAACAACGUAAAGUAAACAAAAAGGAAUCAAGUAAUAAAGAAUCAUCAAAAAAUAAAAAUAAAGAAUUAGCUGAAAUAAAAAGUGAUACGCAGCAUAUUUUAAGUGAAAAUUCAUCAAAAAUAAAGGAUGAAAUAGAAGUUACCAGAGAGGAUAAAGAAAAGAAAGAUAAUCAAGUAGCAGAAGAAGGUAACCAUAAAAAUGUAGAGAAAAAAAUUGAAGUAUCAAUGAAUAAAAAUAAAAAAUCCAAAAAACAAUCAAAUACAUGUAAGCAAAAAGUUGGAAUACAAAUGAUUGAGAAUAUUGAAAAGUGCAUGUCAGGUGACGACAAAAACAUUUUAAGUUCUGAUCCAAAGACAGAUAAAGAUGAAAAUUUACAAAGUAAGAUCAGCCAAACAAUGCUAAUUAAAUGUGAAAAAACAUCUCAAUGUAUAGGUCAUGAAAUCAAUGAGGAGGCAGAAAUAGUUGCUUUACCUGUAAUGAAUAUACCACAAGUUCCAGUGUCUACUUCUGAAAUUGAAGAUUCGGAUAUUAAAAAUUCUUAUUCGACUCCAUAUGAUGAGGUAUCAGCAAAACCAAGCUCUAAAUCCAAAGAUCUAUUAUCGAUUGAACAGAUUAACGAGCUAACGGCUCAAAAUGAUAAGCAAACUAAAGAACAGCAAACUUGUCCUCAAAUGCAAAUUAUUUCUGAUGAUGCAAUUGAGCCAACAGAAAAUGUAAUUCAUAUUAAUGAUGAAGAUUCGACAGAAUUUGUUAACAGAAAAGAUCUACGUAAUCGUCGUUCGCGAUCUCGUUCAAAAAGCUCAUGCAGAUCUGAUAUUCAUGACCCAAAUAAAACUGAAAAAAUAAAUGAUAAUGCAACAAAGAAAAAAAAUGAAAUUAAAGAAAGCGAUAAGAAAGAAAUCGAAUCUACAGAAGAAUCGCCUGAAUUAUCUAAUUUAGUAAAUAAUACAAAAAAUAGAAAAAAGUCUAAAAAUAAUAAAAAUAAGAGUUCUAAUAAAUCUAUGACUUUAGAAAACGAAAUACAAGAUUUGGCCGACGUAUUAUUGCAAUCGUCAAGUGAUCAAUGUUCAACUCUGAAAUUGAAAAAAAAUGAGCACAAUGAUAAUUCAGAAAACAGCGAUUUAAAAAAUACUGAAUUAUUAACUAAAAACAGUACUACUAAUCAAAAUAAUCAACAAGAACAGGACACAGAUACGACAGAUUUAUUAAAAGUUGAAGAACUUAAAACUGGUCAGUCAGCAGAUAAAAAAAAAGAUAAUUCUGAUGAACUAUCACGUUUAUGUUUAAUUUCAAAGAAAGCACCAACAAAAAAUAAAAAUAGAAAAAAACAACGCAUAGAGGAUGAUAAAAAUACACGUGCAAUCGAUAAUAAAUUAUUAAAUUCAGUAAUAAGUAACGAAAAAGAAACAGGGUUGCUUAGUACUCCAUUGGAGAAAAUUUCUAAGGAAGAAUCUUGCGAAAAAGAAGGAAGAAAAAAUAAAAAAAUUACAGAUUCCAUAGACUCAACUCAGCCAUUGCCAAAACAUAACAAUGAAGAAUCCACUUUCCAGGAAAAAAAAGUAUCAUUAAAUAUCUGUCAUAACAACCCGUUGAUAGAAAAUAAUAAAAAUAUUAAAGAUAAAGAAUCUUCCGUUGCGAGCGAAUCAAAAGAAAAAGCUGAAAAACUAACCGACAAUAUAGCUACAAUUAAAAUAGAUAGUGUUGUUGCAAAGGAUUAUAUUAAUACGAAUAAUGAUAAUGAAGAUCUAUGUAACAGAAACCAAAAAGAAAUAAACGAAGAAGUUAUAAUGAAUCAAGGGAUUAUGAAGAACAGCGAAGAAUAUGUAAUUUCAAAGACUAAUGAAAAUGUGUGCAACUCAGAGCCAAUUUCAAUAUCGAUUCUGGAUAAAAAGGCUGAAGAAAACAAAUCUGAAACAUUAGUCACAAUGAGUAAUAACAUGGUAGAAGACAUAAAAAAUAUCAAUAAACAUCAGCUAACUUUAUCAGAAACACAAUCAUUCUCAAGUACUGAUGAAGCUGACUUACCUAAAUCAUCAAAAGUUACAUUUUAUAUAGAUGAUGAAAUGGUUGUUGUGUCACAAAAUAAACAAAAACAGAAUAUUCCAGAAGAAGUUAUUACUGAUACUUUUGAAAAAGAUAAUCUUGAGCCAUCGCCAUCGUGGAUCACAUGUAUUUCAAAAGACACUGGAUUAUGGUGGGACAAGCACACAUAUCACGCAGCGGAAUGCAAAUAUUUUGAAAAUCUAGCUUCUGAAAAGAAAAAUAAAAAAGUUCUUUCUAUAUCUUCUGAUAAAGAUUCCAAUAAUAAAGAUGAUCCUAGCGAUGGAAGUUCGGGAAGUGAUGGUCAGUCAGAUGAGUUUUCAGGCUCGCAAUCUUCUAAUAAUAGAACUCCAAAAACUGAACGUUUAAUAGCAGAUUUACCGGGUGGUUUAGGUAGUUGGAGUGAUGAUAGUACUUACUUAGCACUUGAAAAAGAUGUGAUUAUUGAUGACGAACAUAAAGUAAUUUCAAUGGAUGCUAAAUUGCCGAAAGUUGUUGAUCCUAAUCCCCUUCCUUUUGUUUCAUACGUUCAUAAACCAUUGUCCUACCCAGAAUCCAAUAUGAAUUUAGGUGACAAGUCAAGCAGUUCCAUUCAGGUACAGGAUAAUAUUGAAGAAAGCGGUACUUCUGAUCCAGCUGUGAAGAUACAGCAGAGCAGUUUUACUGAUUUGACCAUGAAGGAAAAAAUGAAACAUGAUCUUGAUGAUUUGCAAUUAGUACUAGCCCAACUUGAAGGAGCUUUGAGAACUGUACCGCGAGAAAAUCUACAAACAAUGAUUAGUGCUCUUUCGACGAUACUGGCAGAUUUAAGAUAUUACAAUCAAGAAGCUAAUCGAAUCGAACAUGAAAUUAAUAUGGUUCCUGAAGAUGCUGAAACAAAAAAAUUACAAACUUCUGUUCUUGAAAUUGGAAAAAAUCUUGUACGUCUGAUAUCUCAAGCUGAACAAGGUCAAUCUACUUUAGAACAAGCUCGCGAAGAGCAAGAAAGAAGAAAGCAAGAAAUAAAAAUUUACAAACAAUGCCUUGAUGAAACUGAAGCUUGGAUCAGACACGUAACUCUUGCCAUAGUUGAUCAAACUAAUACUCCUAACUACAUGGUCUUACGGGAAGAAAUAUCAUUUCGCCUACAGAGAUUAAUUGAAUUAGAAUCAUUGGAAGAAGUUUCCGAACUAGCGGUAAACUUAAAAGAAGCUUUACAAGAAUUGGAUCGUCGUUUAAUACAGGAGCAGCAGCUGGCGGUCAACGAAAAUGAGCCGUUGACUCAGAUCGCAACGACGAGUGGUGUCGACGCCACGCUAGAUCGAGCAUCGUCUGUUCAAUCUCUUCGCGACGAUUCAUCGCCGUCACUGGCUGAUGUCUCUUUACAAACUGGACAAAGUUUAAUUCAAAGUAUCAUUAAAGAACAACCAAAACCAGUAAUUUCGAGCAAGCAAACAUCAACGGACCUACUGCCAAUAUCUACGGCUUGUCAAACUUCUGAGAACAACAGUAUUCCAAUAAAUAUAGGAUUAUUGGAUAAUCAGCAAAUUCAAGAAACAAUAAAGGUUUUAAAAAGCACAGACGGUAAACAUGAUGUCAUAGAAAUAGCGACGAAAAAUAUUUCAUCUUUGGGCGGUCUAGAGCAAGGGCGACGUGAUCCGCAAACUGGAAAUUCAGAAGACAUCGUUGUCGACAUGAAAUACUUAGACGCACAAAAGCAAGAAAACGUCACCUCAGAACUAAAUAUACAACACGCUGCUCCUCAGUCGUUUGAAACAGUACUCGUAGAGCCAGAUGAUGUUACAACAGAAGUUGUUGUGGAUAGUGAUGGAACCAAGAGAAUUAUUGUACGAAAGCUUCGUAGAACACUUGUUACUAGUAGACAGACGACGCAGCAACAUCUUUCGCAAUUAUCAACAUCGGUAGGUGAUAAUCCUCCUGUGGUCCAAGCUUUUUCUGAAGCCACUAUGAGAGGGCAGCAAGUCACUGUCACUAGAACUAAACCAGAUGGUUCCGUCGAGAUGGCCAUAAAACAAUCUUACGGUGGAAAAGUGAUGACCGGUACACCUGGCGAACAGUUAAACGUUGAAGAAUAUGAAAGUACUCCACAAUUCACUCAAAGAGUGAUACGUGAUGGUGAUAUGAAAGAUUUGACUUUAAAACCAGCAGAUAUUGAUAAAGCCCUCGUCGCAGGUUCUGAUUAUCAUACUAAGACAUCAACAGUACAUGCAGUAGUUCAACAAGUUACAAGGAAAGUCAUUCGAAAAACUCGACGCAUUAUUCGCAAGGUCACUAUUAUCGAUGGUAAAGAAGUAACUAGUGAAGAAGUAGUAGAAGAACCAGAAGAAGUCGAAAUUGACGAGCAAGGUAUACCCCAUAUUAGUAUUAAUGUUGUAAAGAGCGAAGAUCAAGGAGUUUUUGAAACCAGAGACGAAUCAGAACCACAAACUGCAAACAUAGACAUUGUCGAUGAAGUUCCUAAAAGUGAAGUGUUAACUCAAUUUACAGAACCACGAAUUACACAAAUACCAGUAGUUAUCGAAACACCUCAGGUUGAUGUUUUGAGUCAACAAAUCCCUUUUUCUCAGUCUGGCGAAUUGAAAUUAGAAGAUGAAAAAUUACGAAUUACUGAUCAAUCUGCUACAAAACUAAAUAUCACUGAAAAGGAGAAAUUAUCAAAAUCGAAGCAAAAAAAAUUAAAGCAAAGUUCAUCAACUUCAGAAGAUUCUCUUGCAUCUGAUAAAACAUACACCAUUGAAGAAAAACCUCAAAUACAAAGUAAUGAACAAUCUAAAAUUGAAACAAAUUUGAUGACUGGUUCUAAAGAGUUCAAUGAGUUAAAGAUUGAUAACGAUAAAGCCAAACCUAUCUUUAAAGAAAAACACGAAUUUGAGUGUAUGCCAAUCGAGGCACCUCACGAUGAAUCAGUUGAGUCAACCGCCCAGGAUAUAUCUUCAUUAGAGUCAACAACAAUUGAGGAUAUUCCACCAUUCACUAAAGCUAGUUGUAAGUUUGAAGAUACACCGGUAGGAACAUCUUUUGAAACACAUCGUAUUGAACUAGCGUUUGGCACAGUAGAAGUAGAACCGCACACAGAUGUUACCGAUAAGCGCACAGUAGAUGUUGAUGAAUCACUUUCAGUGGUUACCGAUAUUCUACAGAAAGAAAGAGGAUUGAAAGUUAAGGAUAUUGAUAAUACGAUCUCAGAUACCAAGGUAGUCAAAGAUCUUGAAACAUUAGCAAAAAAUAUGGAAAAACCUUACAUCGAAAAAGAAGACAUAAAAUUGUCUCAGUCGAAAAUAAUAAUUGAAGAAGCAUCGACAAAAUCUCAGCAAGAUGGUUUCCAAUCAGGUGCGUUAACUGAUCAAAAUAUUCAGAAAAUUGACAUCGUACUAUCUAUAAAAGAUCAAGAAGCGGGCGAUAAAAAAGGACCAUCAGUAUCUGUGGAAUCAUAUAUUGAAGGACCAGAAGACAGCUUACUUCGUGUUUCUGAAGAAAAGAUAAAUAUCUCACUACCAGCUGAUACUGAAGAUAUAAAAAUCAUUGACAGCAAAACUGUUGGAACAAAUGUAAUAGAACAAAAACAUAAAGAGAAGAUAAUAGAAACUGACAGCGACAAAUUAGCUCAAUCUCCUGAUAUUAGUGGAAAUGAUGCCCCCAUGGGUCGCAAAAUAAAAAAAAAGAAAAAACAUAGAGAUAAAAUAAAACAUCAUAAACAAAGCGAUGAAGAAUCUAGUAGCUCCGCAGUAACAACAACUUUAGCAGAAUCUAUUGAAAUAGAUAUAUCACAUAGUGAUUCAUCAAAACACACAACAGAAAAACCAGAGCCAGAUAUUUAUGAAGUUACAGAGUCAUCUGAUAAUUUUUCAUCGCCAAAGAACGACGUGUUUGAAGGUGAUGGUUAUGAAGCAGAUCAGAGAACAACAGUUGAAGAAAUGCAUCACGAAACUGAAAAUUCUGGUAAAAGAAAAAAGAAGAAGAAAAAGAAGCAAAAAGAUCGCACUAUGACAGAGGAAGAUACUGAAGUUUCAAAAAUGAGCGGCGAUGAACUAGAAUUUACAGAUGGAAUGGAGGUAAACAAAAGUGAAGAUUCUAAAGUUUCCAAAAAACCAUCUAAAAAACGUAAGAAAAAAAAGAGUGAUGUUCAAGUAAUUGAAAGUGAUGAAGCUUUAGCUGAAUCGAGCGACGUAAUUAUGCAUGAAGCAAAUACACAAACAAUAGUCAAAAUGUGUGACGUAUCAGUUGGCGAAAUGGUGCCAGAAAUUAAAGAAUUAGUGACUUAUAACGAAACGGUCCCAGAAUUAGAAAAAUUCAAUAAAAUGGAAUGUGAAGCACAAGUAUUGAAAACUGAUAAAAUCCACACUGAAAUUCAAACAUCUCCAAGACACGGCCUCGACACUGGUUUACAAAUUUGUUUAGAUGUGAAGCCAGAUAUAGAAGAUUCCUUUACACAUCCUAAAACACCUGAUAUACUUCUUACUGGUGAAAUUGCUCUUCAAACUACACCAAGAGAAGAAGCACCAUCUACUCCUAUCCCUCCCAUACCUUCCUGCGAAGCAGACACACAAACUAUAAUUAAUGUGAAAAAUUUAGAAGUUCAAACAUCACCUACUGAUUUCAAUUUAGUAACAGAAGAAACUGAAGUUCAAAUUCCGCAACAACUUUUGACGAACGUAGAACAAAAAACAACGCCACCCCAGUCAUAUGAAAAAACAUUAGAAGAAAUAGCAAUUCAAACCGAAAAUUAUGAACCAUCUGCUAUCAAAGAUCAAGUCGAACAAAGUAGUAAAGCCACCUCGCCAGAAAUUCUUCAUGUAGAAAACGCUGAUGUACAAGCACAUUUAAUUGACGAGAUACCAUGUCAAACUAUUGAAACUCAAACUACAUCAAAAGCUAUUUUGGAAACACAUGAAAUGGAAAUACAAACAGCUACUUUUACGCCAGUCGAAACUACAGUACAAACUAGUCCUACUGAAAGUUUAGACUUAUUAAAUGCAGAGCAAAAUAUUGGAAAGCCAAAAGUCCUUCUUGAAGGAGAAUCUCAGACGAGUACUCCAGAACACAUAGCAACGUCAGAGUUGUCAAUUCAAACUAAAUCAGAAGAAAUUGUACCAACUGUUGAAGAAUGUAUUCAAAUUAUACCUGAAACCUUGGACAUAAGUUCUCAAACUAUCAAGGUAGAUUUCACUGAUGAAAAAAUCAGCGUAGAAAAAUCAGAGACUAAAUUACCAAUCGAUUCCUUAUUACGUACGGACAUCGAACAGAAACUAACUUUGAAUAAAGAUUCUAACUAUGCUGAAGAAAAAAAAUUAACUGAAGUCAAAAUUGACGUUGCAGAAAAUCUGGAAGAACUAUGUAUCACAAAAGAUAUUUCUGACCUUCGUGAACAAAAAGAAGUUCAGUCAAUUACUGCUUUAGACUCUGUACAACUGCAGCAUCCGCCAGACAUAAGUAUAAUAGUAACAGAAGUUGACGACAAACCAACUGCAGAUCUUCAUGUGAAAGAAGUUCCAAUCGAUCAAAAAAAGUUUAAAAUAAAUGAAGAAUUGCAAAAACAACCUUUGAAAGAAGAAUCUGCACAAUUGAUAUUGGUAGAAAAGAAACAAGAGCCAGAAACUGUAAUAUCUUCACCAGAUAUAAGUUCUACGCCCGAAUCGUUAUUUGAAAUUCAAAUCAAAGCCACUGUAGAAGUAUGUGGUAGUACUACUCCUGAUUCAACGUCUCAAGAUAUAACGAUAACGGAUGAACAGAGCGAAGAAAAAUCAUCAAAAAGUCAACGCCAAAAAAGAAAGAGACAGAGAAAUAGAACUGUUGAGAUUCGUGAACCGAUUCAAACAGAAGAGUUACCUCAUUUCACCUCUGUAUUUGAACAAUCUACAACUACACCCAAUGAAGACAAAUCUUUUGAAAUUUCUUAUUCUAACGUAGUAAAAUCAAAAAUACAAACGUCUUCAGAUAUAUCACCUGAAGUAUACGAAGAACCUUCAAUAAUAUCAAUAGAUUCUAAUGAAAAUUCAUCAAUAAUUUCUGAACCAUACGAAGAUCAAAGUAAACAAAGUCUAGAACCAUCAGUUCCACUUCAGAAAGGUGUUCACUUAUUAAAUCAAGUAACAAGUGAUUUCUUAGCAAAAGAAAUUCAAAGCUCAAAACUGUCCCAAAUUGGUAUUGAACAAAAAAUUCAAGCUACCAAGCUUAUGCUUGAAAAAGUUAAAGUUUCUCACAAGCCUUCACAUUUUUCAAAUCUUCUACAUAUAUCGACCUUGACUGCUACCUCUAAAAAAUCUUUUGAAGAUAAAGCAUCUGGUAUACAGAAAGACUUAUCAACAUUAAGAAAUGCUGCGGAAGAACAGAACGUUAUAGUUAUCACAGAAACAUUUAUUACAGUAAUAGAGACGAUAUCCACGUGGCUAGAAACUAUAGAAUCCAGAAUUUUCCUAGGACGAGAAUGCCCCAGUGGAGCAACUCCUGACGACACGCGAAAUUUUGUUGAGCUUCGAGAUGAAGUCAAUUAUGUUGAAGAGAAUAUUAAAGAGUUAGACAAAGUUUGGAAUGGUAUAGAACAUAUUAUACCUGAACAAGAGCGUGAAAAAUUGAAAGAAUGUGUCAAAGCAUUAGAAUGUCAAGCUAAAGCAAUAGAAGAAGUAGCAAAAGAUGGAGAAAGCCACGUAAUAUUAGAAAUGGCAAGAUGGAAUGAAUUCCUAAAUAAAGUUAAUGACAUCGCUGAGCUUAUAAACGAACAAAGAUCACAAUUGAGUGCAUUAAUAAAUAGCGAAAUUCCAACUGUUAAAAAACUUGAAGGAUUAGAUAAAAUAGAUAAUUCAAAUAAAGAUUUGAUAUUGAAAGCAACUAAUUUAUAUGCUGAAGCAAAACGUUUUUUGCAAGAAUACCCUGGAAAAGAAAUCCCUCAGCAACUCUUUUUAACCGAAGAAAUGAUAGCUUUGAUAGAACAUGAAAUUUGUGUCGAAAGAGAAAAGCUUUUGGAAAUGCUAGAAUUAGCUAGUGAUUAUGAGCAAACCCUUCAUGAAUUUUCGCAAAUUACUAAAGUUGCGGAAAACCUUCUGAAUUGUCCUAUUUCUGUAACAUGCUUACAACACUUACAAGAUGAAAUGCAAAAGCACAGAAAGUUUUUUGUUAAUCUGAAUCAUUGUAGAGCAAUUUUGGAAUCAUUAGAGAAUAAUUUAGAUUCUGAAACAAAGGAGAAAUAUUAUGAGCUACACGAAGAAUUGCAUAACAAGGCUGUUUCACUGUUGGAUCAAGCAGCAUCAAAAGCUCAACAAAUGUCACUUGCCGCUUCAAGAUGGGUGGUCUUAGAACAAGGAAUCAAGGAGGAGAAAGGAUGGUUGCAAGUUGCACAUCAACGGGUUCCAGAUAUACAAAAUGUUACUUCUACCGAAUAUGAACAGUAUAUUUCACUUUAUCAGAAUUUGUCAUUGGACAUUGCAAAGCAUCAUGGUCGAUUACUUCAACUGCUAGAACUAGCCCGAAAUAUUGAGAACCUUAUUAACAUCGAAGAUCCAGAUAAUCGUUAUGUAGAAGCACUCGAUACGAUUGUUAAACUUCAAGAAAACGUCGAUUUAUCUUUAAAACGAUUAUUGGCAUUUCGCGACAGCUGGAGUAAUCAGGAGAUGUUGGUUAACAGACUUGAAAAUUGGAUGACCCGAGCCGAAAGAGAACUUGUCACAGUUAACGACCCUACUGGUGGACACAUGAGACGAUUUUGGGAAUUAAGAGCUCAGUACGAAGUUCACAAUAAUAUGCGCAACGAAGCGGAUCAUUGCUUUGAACAAGCCCUUCGAAUUGUACCACUGUCCGAUGAAAUUUUGCAACGGCAAUUCCAUGAACAAAUGCAGAAACGCUGGAACAACGUGUCAGACAAAAUCAAGCGCAUACAAGACGCUGUACGCAGCACGAUAUCAUCCGAGGAUGUUCCAGUAAACGAAAAGCUAAACAUUCUCGAACGUGAAUUACAUGAACUUAGAUUGACUAUCGACGAAUUCCACGGAGUCAUGAAAACUGAAGAGGAGCUUGAACUUUAUGCCGAACGACUCUCAGUUUUAUUCGAGAGAGUAUGCAUUAUUCAGGACGAAUUAGGAAGACUAGGCCUACUUCCAGCUGCCGAGAGCGAACGCGUGGGCAUUCUAUUGUCGAUGGCACGUCGUUUGGAGGGUAUGAUCAGCGAGGAAUUAGAUGCGGCUCAGGUGGUUCGCGAACAUCUCAAGAGCCUCAAGCGUGGCAUCACUCGAGUUCAGAAAGCUCAUCAGCGGCACGCACUUGUUCUUGUCCAGUGCGAGGGUAACGAACAUCAGGCUAGUGACAUCAUCGCAGCUGCAGUCGAACAAUGUCAAACGGUUGGCGACGAAUUGGGUCAACUUUGGCAAGAUAUUAUGGGCCUGCGGCAGCUUUUGCACACCCUCCCAAUCAGGAUGCGUGUCUCGAUGUCGCCUGUUGGCGUUGAGCGAGAUGUCGCAAAAUUACAGGAUACUCACGAGGUUUUAGAAUCGAGAUGCGCAAAGCUGCUCGGUUUGCUCAGAAGUAGAUUGAAUCUCUGGAGGAGAUUUGAAAAACAACUUGAAAAGGUACAGCAAUCCGUGCAAGAAACGGAUUAUAUGAUGGAACUCCUCACGGUCCAAGGUAGCGUGGACUACGAGAGAUUACUCAAAGCUACUGAGCGACUCGAGGGCCUGAAUGGCGAGUUCGUAGCUCGGGAAGUACUGAUAAGCGAGCUAAGAUCGGCAGCGGAGCCAUUGCGUGAGACUUGCGCCGCGGAGGUGAGCGAGCGCGUGGACGCGGUAGUAAAUGAGGCUGUGCAAGCUUGGGAGGACACGCGCACCGAGCUCGGCGCCCUGUGCACCAAGUAUCAGCACGCGGUCAGGCUCUGGCACCAAUACCGCGACUCGAGUGCCGCGGUUAAAGCUUGGGUUGACACUCAAAUGGGAAGCGUUGCCAAUCUACCACCGGAGGAAGCCCUUAAGCAGGUCAAGGUCUGCGAGGACACGCUGGCUGAGCACAAAGAGCGUUUAGCUGAGCUGCGUGACCUGGUCGCCCAGAUCGCAUCGGACGUUGGUUUGGACGCGGGUGGUCCUUUGCAAACGGAAGUCGAAGCACUGGGUCGUAGAUUGGAGGAUGUUCGCGAGACAUUGUCGAGCCUCGCCGAUACUGCGGACGCGCGUGCUCUAAGCCAGGAGCUUGCGCGCAACGAUCUCUGCCAGACCAAAAACUUCCUCGAGUCUGUCAAUGAGAGUAUAACAACGGUAGGCCAAGGCGAAUCGAAGGAACAGUUGGAUCUACUUCGUAACCAUCUUGUCGCCUUGACGCGCACAGAGCCGCAAUUGCAGUCGAUCAAGGAGCGUGCCCUCGAGAUAUCAUCGGUCCGCGAUCCGACGAUCGUCGAAGUAUUACAACUCUGGCAACGCCUCUUCCGCGAGACUUUCCAACAGUAUCAUCGUCUUUCGGCUCGCCUGGUACGCUCGCAAGAUGUAGCCGCAGCGCUUCGAUUGUGGCAAGAAUAUCUCGGCCACGUGCAAGAGUUUCUGUCGAGCAACGUCCCCGCCGACUACAACGGUCUCGCCGAGCAUCGUAAUCUCUGCGAGGUUCACAAGAACCUGCUGACAGACCAGCGAAAUCUCAUUCAGAUGGUGCGUAGCGAGGAGGGUCGUGACAUCUCCGUCAACGAACAGUUCAACGCUCUGACCAAUCUGCACAACGAGAGUUUGGCGCGAAUCAUGGAACGGCACGCUGCAGUCAGAGAUAGGCUAGCUGCCUGGGAGAAGUACAGGUUAGAUCAAAGUAAGCUGCUCGCGUGGCUGAAGGACAUCGACACUGAGCGUGGUCGACUGCAGCUGCGUUUCAUUCACGCGCGACGAGUCGACAAGAUCCUGCAGAAGAUUGAAGUUCUGAUCGACAGAUUACCCAACGGAGAGUCGCAGGCCGACGCUUUGCAGCGACAGCAAGAGACUUUACUCUCAAACUGCGACGAGGCUCUUGCCGUCUCUGUACGCAUGGAACACGCUGCGAGUGUUCAGCGGUUAUCCAACAUCCGAGCGAGCCUUGAGACGUGGAAAGACUUUGUCAUGCGAAUCAAAAGCUUGAACGGCAGGCACACAGAACAAAUAGCCAAGAUCACCGCUGUCUUCCAGGAGAUUAACUGCGUCGUCGCGGCCGCCUCAAAGUCUAAUUCCGGCAGUCUGGCGGAUACGCGCCGACAACUGGAUUCGCUGCAACAGCAAAAAGCCAAGCUCAUCGGUUGCGUCAGCGACCUGGAAGCUCUCGGUGUCACGACCGAACAACUAAGGGAAUGUCUUAGUCCCUCCGAUAUGAAAAGUCUUAAUCAGCAGUGCUAUCUACUGUGGCAGCAGCACGGCGACCUCGAACAUCAAUUAGCACUGCUGUCUUAUAAGCUGGGCGAACGAUGCAGUCUACACUCGAGAUGGGAAAGUAGAUCGGCAAGACUACUUAUCUGGAUCAAGGACACCGAGGACAGGAUUCAUAAUUGUGAUACUGCUAGUCUGGAAGAACCCGAAGAAGCACUCAAGAAACUCGAGUGCGAAGUACAAGCCGAGAUGGCGUUGAAACAGCGCGAACUUGAGUGGGUACAAAAUAACGGCAUGGAACUAAUUCAUAUAGCCGAGCCGAAGGAAAAGGAAAAACUGGAGAAAACUUUGGACGAAGUGAACGAAAGAUGGAACCAGCUGCUCACUGCCGGCAAGGCUCGCGCGAAUAAAAUCGUCGAUCUUAUGCAAACCAUGACUAACCUACAAAAGAGACUUACGGACAUCAGGAUAUGGUUGGGAACCGUCGAGACUCAACUUUCGGAAUCGUACAUAAUCGAGUCGAGUAAUCAAUCAACCAUCGACAAAAAAUUGAAGGAUCACGAACAAUUACAAAAGACUAUAGAAACUGAGAGUGGCAACAUUGGCGAGGUACUCAAUCUUUGCGAGAUGCUUCUCAACGAUUGCGACACUUGGAAGGCUUCUUUCAACACCGAUGCCAUCAAGAAUGGUAUGGACGGCCUAGAACGUAGAUGGAAGGCCACUUGCGUCAAAUCGUCCGAACGUAAGCGAAAGAUUAUGCUUACGGGUAAAUUGUUAGUGGAAUUGGAAACAACAAGGAUCGAAUACCAGGAGUGGUUAAUCAAGAUCGAGCACGAGAUCCAGAUACUGGAAAAAAGCGUGCAUGACUUGUCGAAAGAGAACACGGACAAGACCAUGACGCAAGCUCAAAGAAUUCUGGAUGAUAUUAAAGCUCAUGACCCUGCUCUGCAAAUACUUGAGCAGUGUUACAGCAGACUGGCUAAGAGUGGUUUGGAACCAGAAAACUUAAGAGCUCUAACAGCACCUACUCGUCAACUUAUAGAUAGCUGGCACGAAUUAACACCAAAAAUUAACACAAUAACAACGGCCCUUCAGAAAGAUCAGAAGAUCUACCGAGACUUUAUUUCUGUACAUGGCGCAGCUGUAAUAGGCUUGACGCAAGUUGACGUAAUGCUUACCCAAGCUCAACAUCUUGCGAGUCCCGAACAAAGAGCCUCACACCAGAGUCGUCUUCGACAACUGGCUGACAUCGAGGCAGAACUCAACAAACAAAGCGCAACACUGCGUCGCGCCGAUGAACUUGCCCUGAAAGUGAUGCACGAAAGCCACCCCGACGAUGUGGCUAAUGUGCAAGAACUUGUCGACGAGUAUCAAUUAUUGUGGAAAAAUAUUUGGGAACGAUUGGAUGUUCUCAGACAGACCAUCGAAAGCCAGGAACGUCGAACUGAAGUUGAUGAAGCUGUACAAGUCGAAACACUUAAAUUCGAGCGUGAUACCGCUGUACAAGUUGAUACACUGCCAAAAAUCACCAAAAUGACAUCCUUUGAUGCGUACUUAAUUGAGCUCGAGUCGGCAAUCAGCGAGUGCAGAGUUGCGCUUGAUACUCUUGAGCAUGCCGUUGUGCCUGAGCCUACACCGGGUACGGGACUCUCAACUGCUGCACGUGCUAUCGCUAAAUUAAUAGGAAGCUGCCAAUCGACAAUAGAGCUUGUAAAACAUCUGCACAAUCUAUUGUCCGAAGAAGAAAAUCUCGCUAAAGCGACGGAAGUUGCCGAGCUCGCUGCGCGAUAUGAAAAUCUUUUGAAGAGAGCGCGAGCGAGAGAGCAACAAAUUCGUGAACUCAAGUCUCCUUUGGCUGGUGCUUAUUGCUUCCAUUGCGAACAUCUGCUUUUAUGGAUCAUAUGGUGUCGUGACGGAGGUCGGUUAACCUGCCCUCUGUGCUCUCAUCGCAACUGGGCGCAAUUGGAUAACGACCUUUGGCGACUGGAAAAGUGGUUAGAGUUCGCAGAGGGUACGCAGAGCGAGCAGUACUCGCCACCUUCGAAUAUAGAGCAGCUUGAAGAUGUGAUUCAAGAACACCAUGAAUUCCUACUUGAUUUAGAAAGCCAUAAGAGUAUUGUCGUCAGUUUGAAUAUCGUCGGUGUUCACUUAGCCGAUCACACCGAGGACGUUGAACGCGCAAAUGAACUGAGAGAUCGAUUGGCAAGUGCCAACGUAAGGUGGGACAAGGUCUGUCAAGCUGCUGCUGAUUGGCAGAACCAGCUGCAGAUAGCUCUAAUGGGCAAUCAACAGUUCCACCAGAUCAUCGAAGAGCUGCUCGCUUGGCUCGAAAAGACCGAACAAACCAUCCGAGCGAGCGAACCCAUUGAUCUCACCGAAGGUCCAAGUACUUUAAAAGUCGUAUAUGACAAAUUUAAGGAAUUACAAGGAGACUUGGAGCGAUGCGAGCCACGAGUGUUAUCACUGCAAGAGGCUGCGAAUUAUUUGCUGGAGGAGCACGGCGAGACACGUUCAAAGCUUCAAGAGCUUCGAUUGCGAUUGCAAUCUUUACGACGUCUAACCAGCAUGUAUGUACUAAAAUUAGGCGCAGCACUUGGUCUUGAUCCACGAAACAUUGGUCUGGCGGCCACCUCUACAUCACUCGCUAAUCUUUCGCAAGACCUACUCAACGACGCUGCCUCUGGAACCACUCAAGCCCACGGCACUCACACCACAAAUGCUGAUGAUGGAGAUCAGACAGUAUUGGCGCGAGGGUAUCAUUUUAUCGGAAGAGUGCUUCGAGCUUCUCUUCCUAUCCAAGCGUUGAUGCUGUUAUUACUUGGAGCUGCCUCUUUGGUGCCUUCAGCCGAGGAAGACUAUAGCUGUAUGCUUUCUAACAACCUCGCGAGAAGUUUUACUCCACUUGUUCAAUAUCCAAAUGGACCGCCACCUCUCUAAAAAAAUUGAUAUAACAAGACGCGAUAUUUUUGUUUAAGUUAAACUCAUAUUUCAUUUUAAAUUGUCAGAUAUUUAAGAGAAUGAGGCAUUACUUAAUUUAUCAUUAAUGUACACAGUUAUUGGUAAAUGAAGAAAACAUAUUUUUCUGAGGCAUUACGCGUGUCUUAACGAGUUAUAUAUAAUCUCACUCUCAUUUUGUUGUGAGAAAUCUUGUAAAUAUGUGCAAAAAUGAAGAAAAUAAAACAUUAUAUACGAAGGACCAAGAACAAUUUAAAUAUCGAGAAUAUUUGAUACUGUGUUUAAUUUAUUAUUGUUUGUAUAUGAGAUAAUCGUUGUACAAUAAAAUGAAAAAAAAAAAAAAACAAACAAAAUUAGAGAUUUGUUGUACAGAUCUUACAUACUUAAAUGAGAGUCAAGAUUUUUUUGUAAUAUUCAUAAGAAUUACUACUAAUGGAGACACAUGCAAAUCACCUUGAUAAAGUGUUUUCGUAUGAAUAACAAGGCUGAUAUACCUUUUUUUUAAAAAUAACACUACGAAUUAAACUUUUCAAUCAAAAAAAAAAUACUCUAAUCAAUUAACGACUGUAAUAAAUUUGUGUGAUCUUGUGUAUAAAUCUUUUCAUUUACAAUAAUCAAAAAUGAUUUGUAAUUUUACUGGCGCAUAUUUUGCGUUUCAUUAGAUUUUGUAACUAAACUUAAAUUUGAUUUGAAAAAAUAAGCAGUAAAUUAAUGGAAAAAGGUGCUAUUCCACUUGCGAUUUUCUAACUAAUUUCAUGAUAAGAGAUUCUGCUGAUAAAUUACAUAAUGUAUAAUUAAUAUGCGAAAAAUUUAUAACGAAAACGAAAAACGCACAUUAAAAACGAAUGUAAACAUAGCAAUUUAGCGAACGAUUUACUUAUGAGUUUACGCUAGCUCGCGAUAAUUACGCUUCCUAAUUCACGAGUUCGCUGAUAUUGCACGUUGAGCUUUGUUACAUAUUUUUAUAAAAAAUGUUGAAAAAGGAGCCUUAGAAUUUAAUAUAUAAAUAUUGUACAAUGCAAAUUUAUGAAUAAUUAUAUUAUUCAGAAAAAAAUACAUUCAUUUAAAAAUAAAAA